AGCAAAGAAAUCCAUCACUCUCCACAUUACUGAUAUUUAUGUUCCAAAUGGUAUGAAUGCAAAUAUCUUCUAUAGAGUACUGCUCAUUCUUUCAGAGCCAUAAAGAUAUGAGCAGUUGGAAUGUUAAACCUAUAUUUAGCCAACUGAUGUCACAGGGAUGCCAACCACUUGAGUCCCCCACUUUCCUUCUGUACCGGUCACUAUUCACGGAGAGAUUGCUUAGAAUAAGGAAGGUCACUCACAUCCAUAGUUGCAAGCAGGCGUCUGAUUGCUUUCCAUCUCAAAAAGGUAAAUGCUUUAUUCAUUUCUACUUUACCCUCCUGUAGAAUUAUGUAGUAUUAGAUUGCCUGGUUUGUCUUUGUAAAACAUUUCCAGUGCGUGGCAAAGAGCUAGAAUAUUCCCUAAUGACUGAAAUUAUAUUGAAUGGGCUUAGUGUAAUGAUCCGUGAAAGAAACAUUGAUGCAAUAAGUAGAACAUAAGAUAAACUCCUGCUAAUAAAUGGAGUGACUUUAAAAAAAAUAAUCAUAUAUUUGGUUCUGAUUGUUUAAAGAGUUCACUAGAUCCCUGCCAGUUUUGCAGAUUACGUUGCUAAGCAACCAUUGUUGUUACAAAGAACAGUGAAACCUUUUUAAGCGACAAGUUUCCCUAUGACACUAAGUAGCAAUGUACAUUAACGCUACAGUAACUAAAACCCCGGCAGACAAGUGAUAUUUAGUUUUUUCUUUUUGUACAGAUUGAUCUAUUCUUUUAUUAGCAAUUUUAUUUUCUAACUUAAAGUGUUAUAUAUUUUUUUUAUCCAAAGUACGAGUAUACUUUUUUUGAUCAAUGUCUCAUUUUGCCAUUUUUAAAAUAGGAGCAAUUUAUGAGCAGAAUGAAAAAUGAUGAGAGUAAUUUAUUGGUUAUUGGCUGAUCCUUAUUUAGCAUUUUGCUUGAAACUUACACCUGUACUGCUCUAAAUGCAUAUGGCAUUUACCCUCUAGAGAGUGUUAACACUUAUUAUUUCAGACAUUUCCUAAAGUGGAAUGGAGAGGUGCCCAUCCUCACUAGUAAUUUUGUAAUGUUUACCUGAUAUGCCAUUAGUUGACAGUUUGGUGUUUCAGACAGGAUUAGCAUGGCAAAAGAAAUGGUCAGCCACAAAGGAGUUUGUGUUCUGAAACCUGUUCUAGAAAAGUGCCAAUCUGACACAAUGAUGUAGAAAAGUGCCAAUCUAAAAUGUAGUGCAAUGUUCUAGAAAAGUGCCAAUCUGAAAUGUCCUGCAAUGUUCUAGAAAAGUGCCAGUCUGAAAUAUCCUGCAGUGUUAUAGAAAAGUGCCAGUCUGAAAUAUCCUGCAGUGUUAUAGAAAAGUGCCAAUCUGAAAUGUCUUGCAAUGUUCUAGAAAAGUGCCAAUAUGAAAUAUCCUGCAAUGUUCUAGAAAAGUGCCAAUCUGAAAUUUCCUGCAAUGUUCUAGAAAACUGCCAAUCUGAAAUGACCUGCAAUGUUCUAGAAAAGUGUGAAUCUGAAAUGUAAUGCAAUGUUCUCCCAUCUGAAACGUUGUGCAAUGUUCUAAAAAAGUGCCAUGGAACUCAAAAGCACCAGCAAUUACAUUAAUUUGGUGAUUACUCCACUUUUACAACUUUGCUCUACAUUUCAGACAAUAACCAUUCAUAAAUUGCAGCAAACGUCAAGUUAAUCUUAGGGGCAGCUCUAUCUGCAUACUACUUGAGUGCUUCAUAACAUUUUUGAUUUACAUGAAUGCCCCACGGGUUUUCUUUUUUUUACUGAUUUGGAUAGAAAGCAGUUUUAGAGAAAGUUUGGAAUGGUAUUUGAGGAAGACUAAGUUAUAUCAACAAUUAUAACUGCCGUACUGCAGAGCACAUACGACACCAGCGGCCAUAAUGAAUACUGAUAAAACAACUCUUUAUUUUUUUCCGUGAUCCUUUUAAAUAUUAUUAUUAGCAUUUAGAUAGCACCAAAAUAUUCUGCAGAGCAUUACAAUUGUACAAAGGGGAUAUUUGAAAGUGAAGAACGGCCUGCUCAAACAAGGUUACAAUCUAUGAGGAAUGGAGGUAGGCAGACAUAUAUCGUUAGGGGUCUUGGUCAAGGACACUUACUAGUAUGGUGGUCUGACCAGAAAUUGAGCCUGGGUUUUCCAGUUCUAAAGUAGUGCUGUUACCACCACUCUAUCCAGUAAAUAUAUGUUUGCUGAUUGUUAUAUUCCCAUGUACCUGUGAUCAUAUGGCAAGUUUUGUUAUUCUCUAUACGUAUUCUUGUGUUUUCUACCUUCUGUCCAGCACUACUCUUUCAUAUGGCAACUGUACACACAAUAUAAACACAUACUGACAAACAUGGUUAGACAUACAGAGAUGUUCAUACUUGCAAACAGUCAUUUUUAUACAUAUAUACUAAGAGUUAGAGACCAGGUCAUCCAGGCCACUGACAAGGCUUUAAGGGAUUUGGGUCUGGGGCCCCUUUGCAAGAGCACUACUAUGAGGCCUACCUUCCUGGUGACAUAGGUGAAUGAUCCACUGAUAUGGGAAAUCUGUGCUGCAAGGUGCACCGGCUUGUCUUGUUGGAAGGCUGACCAUACCCUAAUGGUGCGGUGUAGAAUCCAAGUCAUUGGGUUCAGAAAGGUCCACAGACAAGAUGGAUAAGGUGAUAAGGAAUGUAUAACUCAUUGGGUGAUAUACACUUUAUCUUUUCUGAAGACACAGCACUUGAUGGGCUUGACAAGAUACCUAAUUACACGAAGAUAACCAGAUAUCUGCAAACAAGUAGACAUCAAGGUUCUGCUGAAAUAUAUAGGGCACCUGUGCACAGAAAAGUGUUGGUCAUGCGAAUGCAAAACUUUCAGGGCUACAGUGUUUCAAUGAAGGAGACCUGCAGAUCUAGUAGAAUACCGUGCCCCUGGCUGUUCAGCAUACCAACAAAUCCCAAGUCAAGCUGUAAGUGAAGUCAGCAGUGCUGGAGGACAAAACCUGUGGAUUAGAGGUAUCCAUGAGAGAUGCUACAUUUGGUGGGGCACUUACUGACUUCUCUUAUGCCUCCUUCAGGUCUAUGAAUAUGGACUUCUAUUUUUGCAUAGCUAUUUUAAAAAAUUUGCCAGUUAUGGGUUUCUGAAAGUUAUUAUUGAAAUUUAAUUCAAAGCUUCACAAGAGCACAGGCUCUUGGGAGACAGUUCAGUUCGAAAGACAUCCUAUCGAACUCAAGUUGAUAAACAUUCUUGGAAUGUAAUCAUGUUAAUAUUGAGGUUUAUGGGUGGUAAACUCUCACCUGGAAAGCAAUUAUUGACCUCAACAUGUAAAUGUAAACUUAAUGUGACUAGUUUAUAGUACUCAAUAAGUAAGUGAUUAAUUGCUUAUCAAUGUUUGGUUACAUGAUAUACAUAUUGAAACAGGGUAUAUAAGCUACAUCAAUGAAGUUCAUAUUGUUGUCCUGCUUAAAAAAUGAGCUGUUCUUAACCUCACCAACCUUUUUCUCUUGGUUCACGUAGCCACGUGGAAAUGUAAUUUUUAUACAUAUUCUUGUUCACAUAUAAUGAGAGCUGUGGUGGGUGGGAGUAGGGGAAUGUGGAAAUUAGGCUGAGAGUGAGUAAAAGGGUUAUGACGUUCCUAUGCAAGAUAAAGAGAUUGCUAUGCUAUAGUGGGCAGUAAACGUGCAGUACAUGCUUUAUGUACAGAUGCUGUAAUUUUAAAGUAGAACUAUACCUAUGGUUAUUUUUAUAACUUCAAAGGAAAGGUGCAUUAAACCAGUGCAUAGUGAUAGAGUACAACAAACGUUACUGGCGAUAUAUUUGUAUAACUUGAGCACUAAGCAUGUAAGGUGGGCUGGGUUCAUUUUGUAAAUCUUGUAGGGCUGCAUUGGGUUUAAAUAGGAUUUGUGAUAAAUAUUUUCACUAGAUACUCUAGCUCGGGAUACGAUAUCCACCAUGUUUUCCAGGACAAUUAACAUGUUUACAAAUUGAUGGACAGCAUACAGAAAGUGUUGCCCUGCAGUUGUAGAAGUCACAUGCUGCAGGUAGUAAAUCAGGUGUUAAAUCAAUCCAAAAUCCUGCAGCAUACACAUUGUCCAUAAUACAGAUCAGCAUUUUCAGGUGCUGCCAAUCAACAUGAUGGAAUUAUGUGUUUCCAGGAAAACAUGGCAGAUAUGUCAACCCUAUCAAUACCAUACUGUUUCUCAACCCAUAUUAUGUAUAUACAGGUGUACACUGAAAAAGCUAAAUUGGGGGGGGGGGAGAAAGUGACAGGAAGAGAAACUAGAAGGGCACCAACCUUACUAUCAGAUGAUGAAUGCAAACUUCCCAAUAUAAUUAUGCCUUAUAUCUUCUAAUAUUGUUAUAUGUUUUUAUAGGCCACCUAGUACCAUCAAAUGUUGUUACCAGUGCUAGAUUAGAGGAUUAAUUGGCUGGGAGCUGAAAAUUAGUGUGGGCUUAUUACAAAAUAUGAAUUUCUAUUGCUCCUAACCCCAUCUACAACUAUACUUUGCAGGCAUAUAUAAAACCUUUUACGCAUGGAAUCGAACCAUAUAUUUGGCAGCAAGUGAACAGUCAGUUCUUGAAUUUCAUAUGUUGGGAGCUCACAAAAUUAACAAGCAAAAAGAUCUGAGUGAUUUUGACAAGGACCAAAUAGUGAUGGCUACAUGACUAGGUCAGAACAUCUCCAAAACAGCAAGUUCUGUGAGGUGUUCCCGGUAUGCAGUGGUUAGUACCACCCAAAAGUAGUACAAGGAAGGAUAACCAGUGGACCGACGUCCAUGUCGUGGGCAGCCAAAGCACAUGGGGAACAAAGGCUAGCCAUUCUCAUCCGAUCACAAAGAAAAGCUAUUUUAUCUCAAACUGCUGAAAAACUUAAUGCUUGCCAUGAUAGAAAGGAGUCAGAUCACAAGGAGCAUCACCAUUGUUGUGUAUGGGGCUACAUAACAUCAGACUGGUCAGGGUGAACUGAUAAAAACACUUUCAAUGGGGACAUGAGGGUCAGAACUGGACCAUGGAUUAAUGGAAGAAGGUUGCCUGGUCUGAACAUGUUUUCUUUUAGAUCAAAUAAAUGUGGUUUACCUGGGGAAGAGAUGGCAGCAGGAUGCACUAUGGGAAGAAGGCAGGCUGGCAGAGGCUCUGGACAAUGUUCUACUGGGAAACCUUGUUUCCUAGCAUUCAUGUGGAUGAAUGUGGAUGUUACUUGGACACAUACCAACUAUCUAGAGAUUGUUGCAGACCACGUACACCCCUUCAUGGCAAUGGUGCUCCCUGAUGUUACAGCAGGAUAAUGCACCCUGCUAUACUGCAAAAUUUGUUCCAGGAAUGGUUUGAGGAAAAUGACACAGAGUUCAAGAUGUGGCCUCCAAAGUCCCCAGAUCUCAAUCAAAUUGAGCAUCUAUUGGAGGUGCUGGAACAACACAUCUGAUCCAUGGAGACCCUACUUCGCAACAUGAAUGACUUAAAGGAUCUGCUGCUAAUGUCUUGGUGCCAGAUACCACAGGACAAGUUUAGUGUGGAGUCCAUGCUUUCACUCAUCAGUCCUAGUUUUGUCAGCACAAGGGGGCCCAACACAACAUUAGGCAGGUUGUUUUAAUGUUGUGGUUGGUCAGUGUAUGUCACACAGCAUUCCACAACAAUAUCAAGUCACAAAAAAACAACAACAACAAAAAAUACGUAAUUUGGGCCUAUUAUGAAAUUGUCAUGCUUCCAAUUGUCAUCUUGUUACUUCCAAUACCUCUCUUCAAUGGCAUACCAUUACUAACCUUCCUCUGUGUAACUAUCACACCUUUUUUGUUUACUCUUGCAGACAGCUCAGGUUUCAAAUCUAAAGUCUGGAAGGACAUUGGGGUACUAUUGUAUGUAUUAAAUUGAAUCAACGGAAAAAACAACUUUGUCCUUUUCUUGUACUGCAUAAGCAAUCAUUAAAUUGUAAUAUUGUGCAAAAGCAAUAAGGAACACAUAUACACAUUUGAAACAUAAGGUAAAGGUGACAGAAUGAAUAUUAGUAGCUGCAGCCUGGCUGUGAUAUAUGCAUGCAUUGAUGUCAUGUAGCCUGGGACACGUAUUCUACUUGCACAUACAGUCAUCGAGAAAUCCUACGUACAGUCAUGCUUGUGAGAAUAUGUGCAGCUGAAUUAGAGUCUCAGACAGCUGUGCAGAUCUAACUUGCAGAGCUGCUUCUAAGCUUAUGCUGGUGGGGCAGCAGCACCAAUCACCCAAACCCACGCAUAUGAACAGUGUAGUUUGCAAACAAAAUAUUUUGCAAUAAAUUGCAAGGAUAUAGUUCCUGUUUGGGGAUGGGAGCAUAUUUCUUGAUCACACAGAGAAACCGGUCACUUGGAACACAAUUUAAUAUUUUUUAGAAAAUAUUUUUAAAUGACUUAAUAUUUUUGUGUAUAUAUAUUUUUAUAUAUUUGAUUUUAUAUAUUUGAUAGUACUUAAGUACUAAUAAUCAGAAAAAAAAGUGAGAGACUAAAAGUUGUGGAUACUCUGUUGCAGACAGCUCUAAAAUAGCAGCAAGGCCAGUGUUCAGGUUUUAUUUGUAACAUGCCAACAGAAAAAACAGUUUAAUUAUAUUGACAGAGAAACAGCUCACUGCUAUCUGGGCAGGGAGAAUAGGGGAUAUAUAGUCUAAAAAAAUGAGGGUAUAAAUAAAGUAUCAGAAGGGAAAAGGAAAAAAAUUAUCACUCUCAGCCAGCCUCCUGUAUAUAAUUACAAUUAAAGAUUUUGCGGCUAAAUAACACAGAAGAAAGACCCUUCCCAUCAGCAGGAAAAAGAAAUAGAACAGAAAUGUCUGUCUCCAGGAAAGAUAAAUAUAGGGAACCUCCCUCAACACACUAUAUAUAGAGUGUCCUGAAAAUCAAAAAGGCUAUCAAUACUAAAUCCUAGAUCCUAUUACCUCGGUUGUCUCACAUAGGUGAUGCAACCUACAAACACCCUUGGCUAUGCUGGCCUCUGUGUCCUGAACAUGCCUCCUUGCAUGUGUAUAGCAACCAAUCAAGAGGGGCUGAGUUGUAAAAACACAGUAAUAUCAAAUUGGGCACCACAUUCAGCCUAGAACUCAGAGUGAGAUCCCCAAACAUAAAAUUGACAAGGGAAUAACAUUAUCAUUAUCAUUUAUUUAUGCUAAUUAAAUAGGUGAUUCUUUUUUUGUGUGCAAAUUAGUGUUUUAUUGUAAUCCAAAAUCAUAUAAAAAAACAGGUAAGUCAAUAGGACACACAGGUCCUCAUCAAUAAGUAAAUCAUUAAAUAACAUCCUGAACUAAAGUCGGACUUGCAGGUACAAGAGUUGAACGUAGCGACAUAAAGUACAGAACAUAAAACAGUAAAGUGACAUCAAACAAAAGGCUCCUCCACAAAACCCUGAGGUCCUAUAGAAACAAGCAUGUAACACUUUAUUUUUGCAGGGAGAAGUGGGAGUUGUAAACUUUUGUUUUUUUAACCAGCAUCAUUCCCAUACCCACCGUCGCGUUGCCAAACAUACUCAACCAUUCUCAAAUGUGAGGUCAUCGCAACCAAGACUAAGAAAGUGUGACUAGCAAGAGCGAGUGAGGGAGCUGCAACUAACGCAAUAAGCAGGGCCGGUGCAAGGAUUUAGGAUGCCCAUUUUGCCACCUCCUCAUGAAAGCAAAUACAAUGUCACAGAGGCAGUGGUGUAUUUUGGAUUUGUGCUGCCUUAGUCAGGACGGUGCUCGGGCGACCCCCAGCUCCCAUAUUUAAAUGUUCCCCACCCCUUCCUGUCAAGACCACACUUUGACUUACAGACACUUUCUUACUGAUGCAUUCACUGACAUACACUCACUAAAAGAUACAAUCAUUGGCACACAUACUGUUUAACCAACACACACUUUCACUGACAGACAGACACCCACACACACCCACACUCACUGACAGACACACACUGUCAUAUACACUGACAAACAAUGACAUACACACUCACUGAUUUAACACACUCUUAUAGACACACUAUUACUCAGACACACAAUGACAGACUCACACUCACUGACAGAUGCACACACUCACUGACAGAUGCAUACACUCAUUGACAGACACACACUCUCAUAUACACUGGCAAACAAUGACAUACACAAACACUCACUGAUUUGACAGACUCUAACAGACACACACUGACAGACUCACACUCACUGGCAGACGUACACUCACUGACAGACAUUCACAGACACACACACUCACACACACUUACAAGCGAGCUGAGCAGGAAGAGUUCAGGUGAGCUGCCGCCCGCCUCUGGGAGGCUCAAAAGUGGCCAGCCGGCCAGCUCUUUGCCCUUGCUGCCCCCUGCAAAGUGCCACCCAAGGCAAAUGUCUUGUUUGCCUUGUUUAAGAUACAUCGCUGCACAGAGGUUUAUUCACUAAACUCUGAGUUGCAGUAAGUUGAAAACCAAAUUGCAAAGUUUAAGCAAAAACAGCUGAACUGUGACUGUAGCCGAAUUGAAGAAUUCUUCUAGAUCACCAAUUUUGGCCUAAAUUUUGCCAUAUGGUUUUCAGUUAGAGCUGCCUAGUACACACAUAUUGCUUAAUACGUACAUCCAUAAACAAACACUGACAAAUACCUACAUCCAUUCACACAUGCUGCCUAAUACAUGCAUCCAUACAUACAUACUGCUUAAUGUGUACAUCCAUACACACAUACUGCUUAAUGCGUAUAUCCAUACACACAUACUGCCUAAAGCCUACAUCCAUACACACAUACUGCCUUAUACAUGAAUCCAUACACACAUACUGCCUAAUACCUACAUCCAUAAACACACACUGCCUGAUACAUGCAUACAUAUACACAUACUGCUUAAUACCUACAUCCAUACACACACAAUGCCUAAUACAUACAUCCAUAAACACACACUGCCUAAUACCUACAUCCAUACACACAUACUGCCUUAUACAUGCAUCCAUACACACAUACUGCCUAAUACCUACAUCCAUUCACACAUACUGCCUAAUACAUGCAUCCAUAUACACAUACUGCCUAAUACUUGCAUCCAUACAUACAUACUGCUUAAUGUGUACAUCCAUACACACAUACUGCUUAAUGCGUAUAUCCAUACACACAUACUGCCUAAAACCUACAUCCAUACACACAUACUGCCUUUUGCAUGCAUCCAUACACACAUACUGCCUAAUACCUACAUCCAUAAACACACACUGCCUGAUACAUGCAUACAUAUACACAUACUGCUUAAUACCUACAUCCAUACACACACACACACUGCCUAAUACAUACAUCCAUACACACAUACUGCCUAAUACCCUCAUCCAUACACACAUACUGCCAAAUACAUACAUUGUCAUUGAACACAUAUGCAUGUAUUUAAUGCUUUUGGUUUAAUUUAUAAAAAGACUAGCACAGACGAGUACACACACUGACAGACACUCUCACUCACUGACAGACACACCCUGGCAGACACACAUUCACUGACAGACAUACACUCACUCACUGACAGACAUACAGUCAAAUACUGACACACAUACAUUCACUCGCUGACAGACAGACACACACACACAGACACUCAUUGACAGACACUCACUCACUGACAGACACAUACACACACACACUGACAUACAUUCACUCACUCACUGACAGACACACACACUCGCACACAGACAGACAGACACUCACUGACAUACAUACUCACUGACUCACUCACUGACAGACACAGACACUCACUCACUGACAGACAGACAGACACACACACUCACUAACAGUCAAACACUCAACACUCACUGCACUGACACACACAAUUUUAUUUUUCGAGGCUCAUCCAGGGUCCUCCCUAGCGUCCAGUGUGGGGCAGAGCACAUACUAAUAAGCCACCAUCAAGGUAAAGAAGGUGCCUAUUCUGCCUUACCUAGCACUGCUUUAAAGGUGCCCUAAGGUUGCCAGAUGGAGUUCCUCUCGGCACCCCUAUUUUCAGGGGGCAUGGAGGAACAGCCCGGCGCUGGGGUGGGGGAUGGCUCAAGACAGGGGCAGCCCACCAGGAAAUGGUUGUGCCAGCCCUGCCGAUAAGGGUGGAUACAUCCUUCCCUAAGCCUGUCCCGCUUCUCUGGUAGGGUGCCUGGCCUCCCCCAAAAGGACUGUCAGACAUCCGUAAGUGAACAGUCUUUAAAAGUCGCCUUGGUAAACUAUGGUUAACCAGUGCGUCCAUAUGUCCAUGUAAGUCUAAGAACGAUCCUGAGCUGAAACUGUCAGGCCCUCCAAUCUGUGUAAAUCUUCUAUUUUAGCAAACAAGACAGUAAAGGGUGGUGGUGUGACUUUUUUCCAGAAUAGGGGCACUACUUGCUGAGCUGUGUUAAAAAUCCAAACAGUUAAGGAUUUCUUGAAUCUGACAGUGGGUGUGGUAGUGUGGUGUAAAAGAUAAGGAGCUGGCAGGAAGGGAGGGUUGUUGUCUGUGAACUUCGACAGAUUCUCUCGGAUUGCUUGCCGGAAUGGUUUGAUCUUGGAGCAUUCCCACCAAAUAUGCAGGAAAGUGCCCGGGCUGGCGUGCCAUCUCCAGCAUUCAUCACUUAGAAAAUAUCGAUUUACUAUAUUAAUAAAUGUAUAAAUUUUUAGUUGAUGAUUUAUAUAAAAUUUUAGUUUUUAUAUUUUAUACCACAUAAUUAUUCCUACAUAUUUCAAAGAUACUUUAUACUUAAUCGGCUGUCAGCAGGCACGUUAGUCACAAGGAAUGAUUAUCUCCAGUAGAUAAGGAUCAUGUUUCAUAAACAUAAACAUGUCAAAAUAUAGGUGGAAUGUUGCAAGUCUUAGUUCUAUAAGGAACAAAAUGGUGGGUAGCAAUAUUACCAUCCAUGUGUAUUUUAACUAAAGUAAUUAUCCUAAAGCUUAACAGUCUGACCCCAUAAUGGUAUUUACCUCACUAAUUAGGCACGGUAUAUUGCAGAAUUCAUAGUGGUAAUUAGAAAUCUCAUAUCCACCUCCAUCUGAAGAUAAUAAAAUAUGUAACAUUCAGUUGGAUAAUAAUAAAAUGUGUAAAUAAACAUUUGCAGAGAAAUUACCAUUUAGAGAUAGAAAAAUUGCCAUUGUGCAUGCACAACGGUAAUCAUUCUGUUUGCACUGUGCAAAGUGUUCUUUUGUUUGGUCUCACCAUGAUCUUUUUGGCAUAUUUUUAUGAUACAUAGACAGACAGAUCGCUCAUUCAAUCAAUCCCAUCAUCUGAUGGCACAACUAAUGUGUGAAUGUACUAUUGGUCUAUGCUAUUUAAUUUGCCAACUUGUUUUCAAUAUAAGUGAGUCCACACAACAUCCUUCUGCCAUUUGAGGGUUUGCCAUGUCACAUAUCAUAUGUAGUUCCUAGAAAGAACCCUAUCAAUUUCCUGUUGUUGCUAGAAGUUGUCCCAAUUAUGAACUUCACAUACUAAUAAGCCACUAAAUGAUACACUGUAUAAAUGUGGAUUGAUGAAUGAUAAAUAACAGUAAUUUUUCAGAACUUCAUCCACCUAGCAUAUGACCAAUGACAUUAAGGGACCCAGACGCUUAGAGUAGAUUAACGAGCCAUAAUGUCCAUGUAUGAGGAUAUAUACCAUACACAGAUUUCUGCAUUUGUUUUUGGCAGGUACCACUCUUUCUCCCCAUAACUUGCUAUCUUUUCAUUUAAGCCUUGCAGGGUUAUUCACUAAAAGGAAAUUUCCUGGAAUUUCAAAGUGAAUUUCAAAUUGAAGGCCAAGGUAGCCAAACUAGAAGCAAACGUGACUAGGAGAAUUCCUCCAGUUAUUGUGACCUUAAAUAUGAAAUUAAUUUUGAAUUCCAGACAAUUCUUUGUUUAGUGAAUGACCCUGUUUACGUUUCCCAGUUCUCCCAUCCCAGUGCAGAUUUAGGACACCCUGGAACAGUGCUUUUUUGCCGCUUCUACCUCUAUAUUACAGCAAUAUUUUGCCUCAACAUUACUGGACUAAUGUGGCAGGUCAGAUAUCAUUACUACUUGCAUUCGUACACUAUCAUGGAACUUCCUGUUUUUUUAUGAAUUAAUGAAUAAUUACUAUUUUAUAUGUUUUGUUUUCAGGGAGCAACAUCUGAAUCCAGACAGGACAAUGUUAUCUCAACGUGCCCUUCAGAAGGAGAGGAGAGAGCAAGCUUCUGCCAUAUUUAAUGAAAUCCAAUCUAUUGGUACAAACAAGCAAUUUCAUUACCUUUUUAGUACUAAUUGGAUCUUGUGGAGUUAACACUAUAAUUGUCACAUGGGCGCAUGGUUAAACAAAGGGGCCGCAUGCCACCAGUAUGCUCAGAGUUAACCUUUAUUCUAACAACUCUUCCCUAAUUGUCUCAAAUUCAUGUCCAUAAAUAAUCUGUCAAAAUAUCUGGCUUCCUUUGGUAGCUGAGGCCUUUUGUAGUCCGUUCAGAAGCUAUUUUCAGCUGGACAACUGUUGAGAUGGAAUGAAGCUAAGUAACAGCUGAUGGGUGGUGUAAUAGGAUUGACUUUCAGGCUUUUUGUUUAGGGUUAGCAGCUCAAGCGGCCACCGUAAUGGAGGUUUUGUGUCCUAGAUGACAUGUGACACACAUGCAGAAUUAUUCCAACCCUUUACACAUUCAUAUCUGGCAAUUUAUGAUUACAAUUCAUGAUGUAGGUUUAUGCUUGGAAUGCCCAUAAACGAAGACCUCCAAGAAUUGUAAAACAACAAAAACAAGAACUCAUACAUUCCUUUGCCAGUUUUAACAGAACACUCCUAUGUGGUGUAAUAUAUUGUGGAGUUCUGUGAUACAUUAUUACGCACAGGAGUUUUCUAUGAUGUAUUGCUUUGAGUUAUCUGGCUGUGGAGCUCUGUGAUACACACUUUAACACUAGACAUGGUUUUAAUGUUAUAGAGCUCUGUGAUACACAUAUUCUCUGGAUCUGCUGUUGGACAUUUUGUGGACUAAAACUCCAUUCUAGCUUAGCCAACCUCUGAUUCAACUUGAUUGGAGUUCUAAUCCAAAACAACUGUUUGGCAAAUGAUUGUCUCAUUCAGCGGUUAAAUAUGAUGUGAUUGUGAACUCCCACAAACUUCAGCCAGACAAUGAGUAAGCAUGACAGGGUUUUUAAUCCACUAGACAUAGGAAACAGGAACUACAUUUCAUGGAAUAGGAAAUAUUAUGUGGUGCAGCAUUUAGUCUUUUCCUAAUCUGACCUUUGCUUCAUGGAAUUGCAGUGGUAAAGUAUGACAGAAAGUUAAAUCCAAACUAAUUUAUGUUUACAGCCAUUUAAGAUCUUCUGUUUGUGUGUUUAUUUGUUCUUUAGUUAAAAAGACACUCCAGGCACCAUAAAGAUUUCAUCUAACUGAAGGCACUCUUAUCUCAAGGGGUUGAACUGUUCUUGAAUAAUGUAACCACAAAGUUGCCUUUAGCAGUGAAGUCCACUCCCCCCCAGGCGGCAUCCUUUUUUAAGCUGGUUUUGUGAAUGGGGAGUCACUGGCUGAGUGUCAGCUGACCACUCUCAGCCAAUCGAAAGCCAGAUGCAGCAUGGGGGGAGUGGACUUCGCUGCUUGAGGCAACUUUGGAGUUAAACCAUUUGAGUAGACUUUAACCGGCUUAGGUAAGAGCGCCUCUGGGGGCCUCUUGGCACCAUAACUACUUUAUUUAGAUGAAGUUGGUUUGGUGCCUGGAGUCUCCCUUUUAGUGUGGAGUACUGUGUAUAGUACCAGAUUCUAGUGUUCCUUUAACGUUAUGUGACUAGCAGAAUUAUUUACUAAAAUGAUACUUGUUGAGAGUUCAAAGUGAGUUUAAAAUUUAAGGUUAAAAUAGCUGAAUUUGGAACUUCCAGUUCCAGUUAUUUUUUUUCUAAAUGUAAUAUUCACUUUUAAUUCCUGACAAUUUUCAUUUUUGCAAAUAACCCUGUGUGUUUGAGGACCUUCGUGAAAUACGUGCACACACAGGGGAUGGAAAAAAGUUGACAAAUAGUCUGUUAUUCAUGCUUAUAUAUCCAAUGCAUGCUUAUUUUUAAACUGGCUUAAAGCACUUGUCUCACCAUUUGUUUGCCCAUGUUUUAUCAGAUCUGUAAAAUAAAUAAUGAAAAUAAUGUAAUUAUGUUGCUAUUACAUGCUGCACACAAAGUAGUAUGUACAACAGUCACCAAAACAAAUGUUCUGUCUGGAGGAUUCAGACUUGGCAGAAGAGGAAGCGAUAGUUUCAUAUGUAUUUUAUUUAAGAGAUCCUUUCUCCCACUACCAAUGCCACUGAAUGCGUGAAUAGAUUAACUACAGCUGCUGGCAACAUUUCCUCCACAAAGCCUCUGGCACUAGAUAAAUAGAAACACAACACCAUGUGGGUAACGUAGCCAAGCCUGUGGCUUACAUACAAAGAAAUAUUUUUUUCUGCAAACAAAGGUCCAGGUUUAUGGAUUAUUACUAUACAUCAUAGGCGUGCGCACGGGGUGUGCCUGGGCACACCCUAAUCCCCGUGGCACGCCUAUGGAUUGAGUCCUGCAGGAACAGCGUUCCUGCACUUUUUUUUGAGCAGGAACGCUGUUCCUGCAGGCACUCAGCGCCCCCAAAUGCCCCCCUUCCUGCCCCCAUGUUGCCCCUGUCAUGGGGGGGGCAAGAGAUGGAUGCCCCCUCCUCUCUCCAUCUCAGCCGCGGCGAGGGAGCUGUGUGCUCUCUGCUUCCUCUCGCCGCGCGCGGUUUACUGAUGCCGGGAGCCGGAAUAUGACGUCAUAUUCCGGCUCCCAGCUACUGUAGACAGCCCGCGUGGCGAGAGGAAGCAGAGAGCACACAGCUCCCUCGCCGCGGCUGAGAUGGAGACAGGCGCCCGCCCCAGCACUCCAGGUAGGGAGGCUGGUUGGACAUUUUUUUAUUAAAAAAAAAAUAAUUUGUAUGUGUGUGUGUCUUUGAAUGCAUGUGUGUGUGCCUCUGUAUGUGUGUGUGUGUCUGUGAGUGUGUGUGUGUCUGUGAAUGUAUGAGUGUGUGUAAGCAUAUAUAUAUAUAUAUAUAUACACACACACACACACACACGUGUAUAUUAUUUUUUUUGGGGGGGUGGGAAUCUUGAGAGAGUUCCCACACAUUAUUCCGCAGGACUUGUACCUUGCUGGCAGGGGAGAUCUCCCGAUCUCCCCUGUCGGCUCACGCAGAGCCGGCGCUAUCUGAGUGCCGGCUCUGCUCUAAGCCUCCAUGGGCCGGCGGGGAGACCAAAGAUCUACCUCACCGGCCCACAGCAGCAUGGAGGGAGGCAGGAGAGGACCCAGGGAGCUCUAGACAGCAGCUCCACCAGGUUCCUCUUGCGAUAUAUGAGUGUCGCCUAAUAGAACCGGUAUCAAGCUUCAUAAGGGCUUUGUGAGGAACCAAAAACUGCUGGUCUUCAUCUAUUACAGGGACACACCACUGCCCAAAUCCAAAACAUUAAAAAUCACUGUUUAGUCUACCCCCAAUCAAAACAUGCCUCAACAUUUCAUCAUGUCUUUUUUAUAUCAGGGGUGUAGCUAAAAACAGCUUGCAGAAGCUACAGACCUCUUGACUGAAACCUUUACCAGCCCUCCCCUUCUAACUCCGCCCAGACUUUCUGUGACUGUCCAAUCACAGACUUCUCAAUGCAGCUUGAUGAGAAUUAUUUUUGCUCAUUUUUGAGUUUAGCCCUACUAAGCUAACCAAACCAGGAAGGAACUGUACUUGUUCUCUGAUUGACAGCUGGAGGGGUGUAACAAGGUUGGUUAAUAAAAGUGCGAAUUUUUAUUGAAAUCUAUACUUAUACUUUAUAAAAUGAAAAGAGAGGACACACUCUUCACACAUAAAGCAUUUCAGCAAGUUAAAAUGCUUUGAAGUCUGGAGUGUCUCUUUAAAUCUGCCUGGAUCUUAGUCUUGUGCCAUGUAAUUAGCACGGGACUCGUUAAAACUUCAUAAAAUAUGCUAUGGGUAUUGUAACAAAGUCAAAAUCAGAUGUGGCAGUACACUGCAGUAAUGGUACUAUCAUAAGCAGAGCUAGAUCAAGUUCUAAUUAGAUAAUCCCAUAAAAGUCUGUUAAUUAUUUUGCAAGGGUCUCAGGAUCUUCUGCUGUUUGGUGCCCAUAAUAAUGUCAGUCCACCUAUAUGUCUAGAACACUAAUAAAACAAUAUGUAUCCUACAAUUUAGUAAAAGAGGGUUUAUGUGGAAUUCUUGUUUAUCCUGGAAUAAUUUAAGUUUGUGAAUUACUUGUAAUUAAUAUACUUUAGAGUUAUUUCUAUAUCACUGUAACAUUAUAUGAAUCAAAUCAUGCAAUAUUUCCUGUGUGACAGAUGUGUCAACCUUGAAAAAAAUACAUGCAUUCAAAUUACCUUGCCUUGUUCGAGUUGUUUGAGAACACGUGAAACACUAUGUGGUUUUAUUUUUUGUGGAAGUUAUUUUAACACUUUUGUUGGCAGCAUCUCUGUGGCUUGUUAUUUGUAGAAAUCUAGCAUAACAUAACAUAGUUUUUUUCCUUCUGCCAGUGGAAUCCGCUAAACAUGUGGAUUCCUCUCUUAUCUCUUUACUUAGACCUGUUUGAUGCUUUCAGGAUGGCAGGAAAGGCUAAAUCAUUCAGGAAAUCGUAUUUAGAAGAGAGCAAAACUUUUCCUUACUAACAUGGACGACACAAAAGAUAUAGAAUCCAAAAGUUGACGUUUAAAUUGGGGUUUGACAUUUACAAUAUACAUAUAAAAAGAAUACUAUAACAAGUUUACUAGAUCUGUCUGUCUGUCUGUGCAUCCACCCAUCCAUCUAUCUAUGACAGGUGAUAUAAGAAAAAAAACUAAAAAAAACCAUCAGAGCACAAGACAAUAAAUGUAUAAAAAUGUAUUGUUACUUUGCCAUGAAUGAUCAGAUGCAUGUAAUAAGCUUGGGAGGUGGUAGAUUUAAAAAAAAACAAAAAAAAAAACACUAGUUGAAUGUGUAAACUAUAAAAAAAACGUGUAGAGCCAAAACAAUGGGAAAGGUAAUAGAAUUAAAGGUACAUAAUGUUGAUGGGAGCAGGCCAUGUUAAGAAGCCAUAUCUUCAGAUUCAGUUCAGCCUGCUUAUGGGACACAAACUCAUCUAUUUGUCUUGAAUAGUUUAUCAUGGAUACAUGUUUCUGUUGAGGACAUAAGGGAUAUUUCUAACAUAUUUUUAUGAGCGGGGCCUAUUGAUAGGCUGAGAUCAUCAGCUGACACUCUCAGCCUAUCAGCGGAGCUCAGUCAGAGCCUUCUGUUUUAAAGCUUUGGACCAUCACUGGAAGAAGAGGGGCAUAGCCAAGGGUCAUUAUUUCUCAACUUUUCUGCUAAAUUAAUUGUGAAUAGUUUAACCCCUCAAGGUGGCACUGAGGACAUCCUGGCACCUUAACAACGCCUUUGAACUGAAGUUGUUAUGAUGCAUUGAGUAUUCCUUUAAAUAUAUACAUAUCCAAUGGAAAUUGUGGUCAACUGUUAUGGGGUGUUGUGUGGACCAUAGUAAGAAGUUUGAAGGAUAUACAAUCCUUGAGUUAGCCUGAGAUGUGAUCAUACUGUCUGUGGCCCCGACUGGGUACCUCCACCAAACCCGUUUCCUAGUUAUCAGUACUUCAGCCCCUAGCCGCUGCAGCUUGGCUGGGGUCUUGCUGUUACUUCCCACCCUGGCACGUGGUCCUGGAACCAACUUCCAGUAAUCAAAGCUCUCCUGCAGAGAGUAUAGCUGUGUAGUAGUUAUAGCAUCCCCCCACACAUUAGUUGAGACUUAAUGCUGGGAGUAGAUCUGUCUAAUUAUUUUUAUUAUUUUAUUAUUUAUAUAGUGCCAGCAAAUUCUGUUUAAUGCAGGCAAGCACUCACAAUGUAUGCACACAGUAAACUCCUCCUCUGUGCCUGAGAGAUAAUUGAGUCAGGAACUGUACAAACUCAAAUAUCUCCAGGUACAGAAAAAUACAACAAUUUUACGACACUCCAAAAGUACCCCCAAAAUACAUUGAACCCCAUCAAGAGUCACAUCCUGGAUAGCCCUGAUCUGAGCACCUAACAUAUCCAUAAAGCACCCAGACCAGUUCUGUGGUUUAGAUUUUCCAUCGAGCAAAACCUUUGACCAACCGCACAUGUGGCUUCUGCCAAAAAUAGUUCCAUAAGAAAAGUAGCAGUCGGUCACUUUCCGGAGUCCAAAACCAAAUAAAAUACCUAACUAAUCCUCUGGCUCCUAUGUAAAGAUUGUUCGCCUAGUUCAUGCGAACAAUCCUACCAAACGACGCUCUCCUGACAUGAAUGGAAAUGAAGCAGGCAUUCGUCAAAGUUCAGCGGUGUUCGCAAGUUAGUGUCCGAUUGUAGUUCCAUGCACUCGAUGACCAAACACCACUGCCCACAUUCGUGCAACAAGAUGGCUGCCAACUCAGUUCCCAUGUGUUCGUGCAUACGAACGGUGGCCACCCAGCCGAACACUUAGCAUUCAUAGUGUGAAAAUUAUAAUGGAGGUGUCAGGAGAGGUUAAUAGGAGUUAACAAGCCCAGAGGUGGUCCACAAUUCGUGCAUUUCUCAAAUUAAAAGGGAAAUCACACGAACCAAGUGUUUGAAAGGUCGGAUACAUGGCCCAUAGUCCUUGGGCAGGAGGCUAGGCAGCAGGCUCCUCCAGGAGCUCGUGGCAGAGGCAUCUUUGCCACACUGUCAUUAAUCUGUAGUUAUGUACAUAGCUGUAUAUUUUAUUGUCAGUAGGAGUGAGAAAAGGUUGCCUGGCACACUUACAUACAAGGCAUUGUAGUGAUAUAGGCACAGCAUUACUUUAGGGUAAUUUAUGGUGUCUUAGUGCCCAGCUGAUAUGCUAUACAGGGUUAUCAUUUUAGUUAAAGCUUCUAUGUAUAGUUUGAGAAAUUGAUAAAGGGUAAAUAGGGUCAGAGACUUUGCCUGACAUCAACCUUGGUUCUUCUGUUGCAUCACUGGUUGAUGUAGACUGUUAAAUUGUCUUUAUGAUCAUAAGAUCAAUUAUGCUAGUACUGAGCUACAUGAGAUUUGCUGUUAAUAAUUUAUGAAUAUCCUUGAACACUAUUGUGAUGGUUGCCGCAUGUCUUCUGUGAACCAUAAAUACUCCAAUGUAAUGCUGACAGUGUGUAGGUAUAAGUGUGGGUCUGUUUGAUUCAAAUGUUAAACAGUACAAGUAGUGGUGAGGAUCCUUACAGUACAGUGCAUGUUCCCUCAAUGUUUGGCAAAACGCUGUCAACCAUCUUCACCUUGUGGGUUUGGUUGGUCAGGAAUCCCCUCUUGUACUAGAUCCCUGAGACCUGUGCAUCCAUGGUGAUCAUGAUGCAGGAAAGUGCUUGUAAAAAGUUUGACAGACUAUUUAAAUAGAGAUGUAAGUGUUUUUUACAUAAUCAACCGCAUGCUACUUAUCAGUAUAUAAAAAUAUAUAUAUAUAUAUAUAUAUAUAUAUACAUAUUCUAACUCUUUUUUGAAACUUGAGACUUGAUAAUUUGAUAAUAUUCCCAGGAAUAUUUUAUACAAAAUCACAUUUUUCGCAAUAUAAUUCUGACUUGAUACAUAAUAUUCUCCUCACACUUGCAAACAUUCAUCAAGAGGGCACCAUCAGUAAAAUGAUGUUGAAUGAUAUGAUUUGAUUGCUUCUACAUGACUGAUAUUACAAGUAAAACAGAGUCAAAUAAAAUAAAAGCUAAAUUUCACAAUAUUUGCCCCUGAGGAGAGGGUGACCCAGAUGUUAUAUUAACGUAUUUGACCACUUUCUGUUCUCACAACAGGAUUAACUUUAAGGUGACCUUAGGCAGUAGCCACAGUCCAGGGGUAAGACAGGCGCCGUGGACCCAUUCAAAAUGUCUUUGCGAAGAAUAAAAGAGAGACCUAAACUAUUAACCUACCCAUGUGCAUCUGGUGUCUGAAUUCUUCUCUGUCUAAUCUGUACAGCCAAGCUUCUUUAACUGAGUCAUAGCCUUGGUGUGAUAAAUAUCCUAACAUUUAUGCCAUAUGGCUGUUUAUUUUAUUCAUGCAUAUACCAACUAACUAUUUGAUACAUUGAUAGAUACAUGAUCCAUGCUUGACUACAAGUCAAUUUAAUUGUUUUCUACCAAUACUAUCUUUUGUAUUACCUGAAAAGGCAGGCAACUUUGCAAUCAUAGCUAGAACCAUGGGACCAAUGGAGGUCCAACAAGUCUAUCUUGUCAUGGUGCUCUAGAUCUGGGAGGUCUAUACCUCUGGAGGAUGAAAGAAACAAUGAAGAAAAAUAUCUGGUGCUUUUCAUAGAUAGUAUGUAAUGGGUACAGAAAUAAAGGUCUCAAAUUAUUUUUGCAAAAGCAUGUCUACCUUACCCAUAGUACAGAGUGAAUGUUAUGUUGAGCAAAAUGUCCUUAGGUAGAACAUGAUGGAAGUACACAAAAUAAGUCAAUUAUGAAAACAAGUUUGGAUCUCACUAAAUUCAAAAGAAAUGUAAUUACAACUGAGAUUCUGUGGCUGCAUGCCAUCCAAACAAUAUUGUUAUUGUUUUACAAAUAGUAUAAUUUUGCACAACUUCCAGUUAUUAUUAUAAUAACCAUUGUGUGCAUAUAAAUAAGAUGGAAAUGCAAAUAAAUAAAAGUAUUUAAACAUAUUCUCUUUCAUCAUUAAUUCAACACUGAUUGACUGUCACAGAACUGCCGCAAUAUGUUCUUUACACAAAUAAAAUAAAAAGUUGUUUUAAUGCUUAUGCACGUUACAGAGUUUACAUGCUUAUCAGUAUUGGUAAAUGUAAGUAUGAUGGAAGGGGGUUCAGACUAUGUAUAGUGGGUAUUUAUCAAGGCUAACCAGGUGCUAUUUUGGGUGUAAACUGCUAAGUACUGUGAUACAGUUCAUUGGUUUCCAUGGUGAUUGCUCCUUAUUAAGCUGUUUGUCCAGGGCCGUCUUGGGGGGCCCGAGGCACCUGCCCCGUGGGCCCCGCUGACCCCGGCGGUCGGGCAGGAAGGCGGGCGCGCGAGGGAGCACUCACUGCUUCCUCUUCAGCUCCCUCGCGCACCGCACUGAUGCCGGAGCCGGAAGAUGACGUCAGCGGCGCGCGAGGGAGCUGAAGAGGAAGCAGCGAGUGCUCCCUCGCGCGCCUUCCUGCCCGACCGGCCACCCGCAGCCCCAGCCCCUGGACCCCAGGGAAUCCCCCCAGCACUCCAAAAGGUAAGGAGGCUGGGGGGAUUACAUUUUAAAAAAAAAAUGUGUGUUAGUGUAUGUGUGUGUGUCAGCAUGUCUGUGUGUGUGUCAGUAUGUCUGUGUGUGUGUCAGUAUGUCUGUCUGUGUGUCAGUAUAUAUGUGUGUAUAUAUCUGUGUGUGUGUGUGUCAGUAUGUAUGUCUGUCAGUGCAUGUGUAUGCAUGUGUCAGUAUAUCUGUCUGUGUGCCAGUAUGUCUGUGUGUGUGUGUGUCAGUAUAUCAGUCUGUGUGUGUCAGUGUAUGUGCCUGUGUGUGUGUGUCAGUAUUUCUCAGUGUAUGUGGGUGUCAGUAUAUCUGUCAGUGUGUGGGUGUCAGUAUUUCUGUCAGUGUAUGUGUGUCAGUAUGUUGGUCAGUGUAUGUGUCUGUGUGUGUGUGUCAGUAUGUCGGUAUAUGUGUCUGUGUGUCAGUAUGUCUGUAUAUGUGCCUGUGUCAGUAUGUCUGUCAGUACGUCUACCAGUGUAUGUGUCUGUGUGUGUGUCAAUAUAUGUACCUGUGUCAGUGUGUCUGUCAGUGUAUGUGCCUGUUUAUCUGUAUGUAGUCAGUGUAUGUAUCUGUGUAUCUGCUUGUGCGUCAGAGUGUGUACCUGUGCAUCUGAGCCGCAACUUUAAAUACAAAUACACCCCUCCAUUCAAACUUCAACACUACAUAUAAAACACACUCCUGCAUUGAAACGUCAACACUACAUACAAGCACACUCCUACAUUCAAAAACAAACACUACACAUAAAUGCACACUUGCAUUCAAACUCCAGUACCACAUACAAACACAUUCACACAAACAUACUCCAUACAAACACAUGCUUACAUUCAAACAUACUAACAUGGCUCAGUGCUAAAUACAACCCUGCAAGCAUGGGAAAUUGGUAGAAUCCCAGCUGUCAAAGCAUUGUUGGAGUUGCACGACAGAUGGGGUUCUACCUUUAGUCCAACCUUGCAAUUGGGGGUCCCAAUAAAAUUCAUUCUACUUUAGUACCGCCACUGCGUUGGGAUGGAUGCCGUGAUUGCAUACCAGGGAGUGAGGGGCGAGAGCGGCAGGGCACAGGGGGCCCAAGCAAACACUUGCCCAGGGUCCAUUCGUUAUUAAAGACGGCCCUGUGUUUGUCCCAACUUAUUUGCCUUGAUAACCCCCACUCCUGUGUGUUUAGGCAUAAGAGAGGGUGGUAAAACGAAUUAAAGAGAGAAAUGAAAAAUUGGUGGUUAUUAUUAUUAUUAUUUUAUUAUUUAUAUAGCGCCAGCAAAUUCCGUAGCGCUGUCAUAAAGGUAUAUAGUCAAAUCGAGAUCUUUCUAGAGAGUUUCAAUAAACAAUAAUUAUAUCAAUCCACAUACUUUAUGCAGAGAUUCACACAUAAUCUGUGAGAAUUCCUUACACGUCUGUUCACAGAGCCCUAUACUGCAUACAGAUCCCCAUUUAUUUUCCAAAAUGCAGGAGGGGGUUGGGGACUGAGUAUCUCAUUAUUUCAUUGCUUGUUUCUCUGAUGGAGAGCUGGAAGCUCAUAAGUAGGAGCUUCUGUUAGCACUCCUGACCUUCAGUUGAUUGCUCUCAGACAAUGAGCUAGACCUUGCACUGCUGAGCUUAGCUCACACAAAAUGCUUCCUGGUCCCUGUCCAAAGUAGUGGAGAGUGGUAAGGGUGUGCUGUGGUGAUUCGAGUGCAUGGGGUGUUCCUUUAAUCAGCCUGCCAUAUUUCACUGUUUAGUAAAGCUUUAAAAUAGUAGGUGAAUUUUUAAAUGGAAAUCUAAAAUACAGUAAACUUUACACUGGUUAAUAUUCACCUUUUAAACAUACUUAUGAAAUAUGCUGAGGAUGCAAACGGUAGGUUCAGGCUUCCCACACUCAGGGUCAACCAUAUUCAACAUGAGCUUCCCCACUGUUCAAAUCCAGUGAGCCUGGUUUCCACAGUUACCAUUGUGGUAAAUCAUGCUCUACAUUUUAGUUCAGAACUAAAUAUGAAUAUUAAUACUAGCACAGUGUGUUGAGCUAGUAGUGGUAGGCUUUAUGCCAAUGAAAAUGUGAGCGAUCUUUUGAAAUGGAGGAAUGAUGACGAUAAUGACUUCACCACAUGUCUGGCAUCUGCCGGAGGUGGUGGUGAUCAUGGACUGAGUAGGCUUUUUGUUUUACUUCUGACAUUGAUUAGGAUUUAAUGGGAAUAGGAACAAGUCUGUUGUUUCUUCUCAGCAUUUUACAGGUCAGUUUUUAGCUUUUUUAGAAUAGUUGCAUGAUGUACUGACACAAGGCAAUCUGGUGGAUUUUUCAUCCAUUAACAUUUCAAUUAAAUUCAACUGCUAUUUUUACAAUAUUUUUUCAGAAUCAUGUAAGGGAUACAUUAUAUUAAAGGUAAUAUGUGUGCCCUCAAACACUUGAAAACUUAGAAUUAUAUGUCUAAAAAUAUGUGCAACUAUUAGCUCUGUAGUAUUUCGUCAAAACCAAAUGACGCAGAUUAAAUCAAGUCCCUUUUUAGGUGUUUAUAGCCCUAGCAUAGACAGCAGUCCAAGACCAUGCAACUAGGUUUCUGACAGGAAUUAUAGGAAACAAAAAUAAGGCAGUUGUUACAUUGAACACUUUUCUUCCUGGCUAUUCCACUUUCCCUUCUCUAGCACUCCUUCCCUAAUACUUGAGGAUUUUAACAUCCCAAUCAACAACCUCAGCUGUCCUGAUGCCUCCCAUCUUCUCUCUGUAACCUCCUCCUUCGGGCUCACACAGUGGUCUACUUCAUCAACUCAUACAGCAGAAAACACUAGUGACCUCAUCUCCACCAAUCUCUGCACCACCUUUAAUCUCUCCGUUGUUCCAUUUCCUUUGUCUGACCACCAUCUGCUGAUCUUUGACAUCGGCACACCCCUUACCCAAAUUACACCAUGCUCACCACAUCUGUCUUGACCUACAGUGAUUCUCCACCAACCACCAAAGUCUCCUUUUACCCAUCUCAAAUCUCACUUGCCCUAACUCUGCAACCUCUCUCUGCAACUCCAUUCUCUCCUCUCAACUAGACAUCAUGGCACCUCCUACAUUUAAACGCAGUAAGCGUUCCCUAUUAAAACCCUGGCACACCAAGCUGACCCAAUACCUCCAAAAAAGUCUCACUCUGCACCUGUCUUCCUCCACUAUAAAUUUAUGCUGUGCUCCUACAGUCUGGCUCCUUCCUCUGCAAAAAUAAAUUACUUCAACACCCUCAUACGCACACUGACCCAUCAACCCAAAUGCCUAUUCACACUUUUAAUGUUCUUCUUCGCCCUGUUGCUCCCCCUCCUCCUACCAUCUUGUCAGCCUCAAACUUUGCAACUCACUUCACAGAGAAGAUUUCUACGAUCAGGGAAGAGAUCUUUAAUCUCUCUCCCUCUCCUACCAAUACAUCACCCAACCCCACUCCCUCCACUGUUAUAUGCUCAUUUACACCUGCUACAGCAGAAGAGGUUUCUGCUCUGCUCCUGUCCUCUUGCCCCACCACCUGUUCCCUCGAUCCUAUUCCAUCUUAUCUCAUCCGCACUCUGUCUCCCUCUCUUGCUAUCCUUUCACUAAAAUGUACAAUCUCUCCUUUUCCUCAGGCACUUUUUAUUCACCUUCAUCCUUAAAGCAUCCAACCAUAACCCCAACUUCCCAUCCAACUGCCCUAUAUCGCUACAGCAAUUUGCCUCCAAGAUCCUUGAGAAUGUUGUGUAUGAGAGAUUCACAGACUUCGAGUCCAACUCUCUGCUUGACCUGUUUCAGUCUAGAUUCCGCGCUCGUCACUCUGUUCAAAUGGCUGUGACCAAAGUAUCAAAUGAUUUAAUCGCUGCUAAAUCUCACAACCAUUACUCUAUCCUAAUUCUCCUUGAUCUUUCUGCUGCCUUUGACACUGUUGAUUAUCAACAGCUUCUUCUCAUUCUCCGUAAUCUCGGUCUACAGGAUACUGUUCUCUCCUGGUGCUCCUCCAACCUCUCCCAGUGCUUUUUCAGUGUUUCUUUCUCUGGCCUGGCCUCUUCUCCCCAACCCCUCUCUGUUGGCAUUCCCCAAGGGUUUGUCCCUGGUGCACUACUGUUCUCUAUCUAUACCGCCUCCCUUGGUAAACUCAUCCGCUCCUUUGGCUUCCAUUAUCAUUUAUAUGCAAAUGACACGCAAAUCUACCCAUCCUCUCAUGAUCUCUCUGCCCAUCUUGACUCGUGUCUCUGUCUGCCUCUCUGCAAUUUCCAACUGGAUGCUGGCUCACUUCCUUAAACUCAACCUGUUAAAAACAAAACUUGUGGUCUAUCUAGCCUCACGAAUGCUACUCCUUUAUCUGUCUCCCUCUAAGUCAACAGUGCCACCAUCACCUCUACCUCGCAGGCUCGCUGCCUGGCUGUUCUUUUUGACUUCCUUCUCCCCUCAUGUCCAAAUCCCGCCACUUCCAUCUCAAAAACAUAGCUCGCAUCUGCCCCUAUAUAUCUCCGGACAGGGCUAAGGUGCUGGUCCAUGCCAUUGUUCUCUUUCGCCUUGACUACAGUGGUCUUACAUAUUCCCAGUUUGCACCGCUGUAAUCCCCUCUGUCAGUCCCUACAUUGGUUUCCAGUUAGAUAUAGGUCUCAAUUUAAGAUUCUGGUGCUUGCUUACAAGUCCCUACAUAAUGCUGCUCUAACCUACCUAUCCUCCCUAAUACACAAGUAUGUCCCAUCUAGGCCCCUGCGCUCUACCGUGUGUGUACUUCCACCUCUGAUGCUCGCCUUCAAGACUUUUCCAGGGUUGCACUUUUUCUGUUGAACUCCCUUCCCUUCUCCAUUAGAUUUUUCACCCAGUCUCCACUCCUUCAAAAAAUUAUUUAAAAACACACUUCUUCAGGAAAGCAUAUCAAUUAAACGGUUAGCAGGUUUUGAUCCCCCCCCAUUAAUCAUCUCCUGCAACUGUCAAAAAUAACCUACUAAGCACUCUAGCAACCUACUUUGUUGCCCCUACUUAUACCCAUUGUGUCACUAUACCACACUUCCGCUAGCAUGUAAGCUCAUUGAGAGGGCCCUCAACCCCUCUGUUCCUAUGUGUCCACUUGUCUGGUUACAAUUACGUGUCUGUUAAUCCACCCAUUGUACAGCACUAUGGAAUUUCCUGGCGCUAUAUAAAUAAUAUAAUAAUAAUAAUAAAGCUGACCGUAGGAGACAUAACAUAUUUCCCUUCCACAGAAGUGUCCAGUUUAAUUAAUUUCUAAUUGUUCAAGUUCAAAGAGUAGUUUGCAGUUUUUCUUUGUAUGGUUUGUAUGGCCCAUUGCGACUCCUUUGCUACAUGGACAGCACCAAAUUUUUGGUUUAUAUUUUAGGUACUUCAAGGCAAAGAAUCCUUAGACAUAAGUCCCUCUCAAAAAAUUACUUGAUGCAUGGAUGCAAUGGAGUACAUCUCUCUUCGUCCCUCUGCAAACAAACAAAAAACAGUAAUAAAUAUAUCAUGUAGCAAACUGAAAAGUAUGUGAAAAAUAUCUCAAAGGAAAAAAUGCACAUUUUUAUUCCGGUUAGGGUAGGAAAAAUGUGGAAUCCCUAACUAUUUACAAUUGGGUGGGCACCAGGGUACUCCUGUACUGGUUAAUGGUCCUUUAAUGAAUUGUUAAAUUGCCAUUUUUCUAAUCAACAAUUUUGUCCUAAAUUGUACAAUUUAGGUUUAAUGCAUUCCUUGAAUAUCAAUUAUUGUUAGCUAAACAAACAUUCCACAUAUCCAUUCCACUCCCACCCUGGCCUGUAUAUCACCUUUACUAUCUCAACAAUUACUCAAUAACUUCCAGAUAAGGUAUUGCUAGCUGCACUGAAAGCAGCAUUGAGCACAAUGUGACAUUAUACAUACAAUAGGAUUUUUCAAAGCACAUGACUACUCUUUGACACUUAGGGCUGUAAUCCACUAGAUAAUAUAAAUAUUGCUUACCAUAAAUUUCCCUUUCCCUAGGAUUGUAGGCAGUACUUACAGUCAAAUAUGUAGAAAUAAACAAAUAAAAGAGGCACUAACUAAUGUGUUAUAAACAAAGUUCAAAAGUAUGCAAAAUUGUGCUAAAAUGCUGCACCUAUAAAGUGCAACAGCCCAAUAAUUGUACACUAAUACAAACUAAUAUAUAUACCCAUAUUUAUUAUUAUUAUUUUUUAUUUAUUUUUUUUAAUUUGUAUUACUUACAGUCACCUCUUUCCAGGACAGGCAGAACACUAAGUGAAUGUUUCUACGACUGAAAGGAAUACUUUGGAGAGAGUUCAGAGAAGGGCUACUAAACAGAUUAAUUGACUGCAGGAUUAAACUUCCCAGGAAAGGUUAAAUGAUCUUCACAUGUAUAGUUUGGAGGCAAGACGAGAAAGGGGGGAUAUGAAACAUUUAAAUACACAAAGGGAAUCAACACAGUAAAGGAGGAGACUAUGUUUAAAAGAAGAAAAACUACCACAACAAGAGGACAUAGUCUUAAAGGACAUAGGGUCAAGAACAAACCUGUAUUCCUGACUAUAGUGUUAAAAACACCAUCUAGGGAGCAGAGUUGGGACACUAAAGGAGAAAGUUGCAUGUGGCUGGAGCUCCUUGGGGAAUACUGCUUAAUAAGCCAAAUCUGGAACAGUUUAAUUUACUUUGCCCAACAUGCAUUAUCUUGCACUUAUCCACAUUAAAGGGACACUCCAGGCACCCAGACCACUUCUGCCCAUUGGAGUGGUCUGGGUGCCAACUCCCACGACCCUUACCCCUGCAAGUGUAAUUAGUGCAGUUUUUCAUAAACUGCACUAAUUGCCUAACAGGGUUAAGUCCUCCUCUAGUGGCUGUAUAUGAGAGUGAGACAGCCACUAGAGAAGCUUCCGGGUUCUUAAAACACUUUUAGUGUUUUAAGAGAUGCUGGACGUCCUCACGCAUUGCAUGAGGACCUCCAGCAUUGCCGGAAUCCCCAUAGGAAAGCAUUGAAUAAUGCUUUCCUAUGGGGUGGUGUAAUGCGUGCGAGUGGCCAUUGCCACGCAUGUGCAUUAGGUCUCCCCGCCGUCUUACGUCGGCGGGGGAGGAGAGUUGGCGGAGCCUGACCCAGUGCCGAGGGACAUCGGCGCUGGAUACAAGUAAGUCACUGAAGGGGUUUUAACCCUCUCAGCAACCUGGGAUGGGAGGUGGUAAGGAGAGGGGUCCUGCAGUGCCAGGAAAACGGUUUGUUUUCCUGGCACUGGAGAGUCCCUUUAAAUGUCAGCUGCCAAAGCUCUGAUGAUUUUUGUAAUUUACCUAAAUUAUUUGCCAUUUGGCUUAUCCCUCUUGGAACAUCAACCCUGUUACAUAUCUUAGUAUCAUUAGCAAAAGGACAUACCUUACCAUCAAGACCUUCUGCAAUAUCACUAAUAAAAAUAUUAAAGAGAAUGGGUCCCUGAGGUACCCCACUGGUGACAAGCCCAUGCUUCGAAUAUACUCCAUUGACUACAACUAUCUGUUGCCUGUCACUCAGCCACUGCCUUAGCGGUUCAACAAUAUUGGAAUCCAAACUUAAAGAUUGCAGUUUAUUGAUAAGCCUUCUAUGUGCAACAGUGUCAAAAGCCUUACUGAAAUCUAGGUAAGCAAUGUCUACUGCACCAUCAUGAUCUAUUAUUUUAGUUACCCUCAAAAAAAUCAAUAAGAUUAGUUUGGCAUGAUCUCCCUGAAGUAAACCCAUGUUGUCUCUGAUCUUGAAAUCCAUGUGUUUUUAGAUGUUCAACAAUCCUAUCCUUUAACAUGGUUUCCAUCACUUUCCCCACUACUGAAGUAAGGCUUACUGGCUUAUAGAUGAUCGACUCCUCCCUACUACCUUUCUUGUGAAUGGGCACAACAUUUGCUAUCUUCCAAUCUUCUGGGACUACUCCUGUUAACAAAGAUUGGUUAAAUAAAUAUGUUUAUGGUUUUACUAGUACACCACUAAGCUCUUUUAAUAACUUAGUAGCCAUUGUGUCUCUCUUACACUCAUGGACAACCAGAUUGAAUAUGAGCUUGCCCACAGUUCACGCCAAGCAGGCAUUGUUUCCACACUUAUCAUGCAUUUUAUUUUCCAUUGUGAGAAAUCAUGCUCUACAUUUUAGUUCAGAACUAAAUAUGAAUAUUAAUACUAGCACAGUGUGUUGAGCUCUGAGAUGCAGUGGUAGGCUUUAUGCCAAUGAAAAUGUGAGCAAGCUUUUGAAAUGGAGACAUGAUGACGAUAAUGGCUUCACCACAUGUCUGGCAUCUGCCGGAGGUGGUGGUGAUCAUGGACUGAGUAGGCUUUUUGUUUUACUUCUGACAUUGAUUAGGAUUUAAUGGGAAUAGGAACAAGUCUGGUUUUUAUUUCUUCUCCACAUAUUACAGCACAGUUUUUAUCUUAUUUAGAAUAGUUGCACAAUAUACUGACAUAUGGUAAUGUGGUGGUUUCUUCAUCCAUUACCAUUUCAAUAAAGUUCACCAACUAUCUUUACAAUGCUUUCCCCCCAUAAUUAUGUAAAGGAUACUUUAUAGUAAAGGUAAUACUCUAUGUGUGCCCUCAAACACUUGACACUGUAAACCUAUGUAAUUCUAAUGGAUUAUCAUGGUUAUUCACAUAAGUCUGAAUGGCUCUGUACUGUACUGUUCUGAAUGGGGGGGCGGGGGGAUGUAACAUCGCUGCAAUCUUGGAAUUUCUGUGGGAAAAGCAAGUCUUAUGGCUUGACUGGUGUGCAGAAUUUUGUUUAACAUUGUAUUAAUUAUCCACAGACUUCAGGUGGAAGGGGGUUUCAAUCACAAUUUUUCCCCACCAUAACCUAUUUGGAUUUUGCUGUAUAUAUAUAUAUAAAUAUAUAUUGUGUUUUUGUGUAUGUUUUGUUAGUGUGCAUGUAAGGAAUAUAUUAGGUGUGUGUUGGAGAUAUAUAAUGACAUAGGGGAUGCCGUGUCUGUGUGAGUGCUUUUGGAUCCAGUUUGUGUGUGCUGGGGAUGUAGUUUGUAUGUGUGAUAGAGAUGCAGUGUGUGUGUUUGUGCUUGAGUGCAAUUUGUCUAUUUGUAUGCUGGAGAUGAAGUGUGUGUCAUUUCAGGGGAUGAAGUGUGUCUGUGCGUGUGUUGGGGAUGUAGUGUGUGUGUGUGUUGUGGGUGCAAUGUAUCUGUGUGUGCGCUGGGUAUGCAGUGUGUGUGGGUGUGUGUGUGUAUGCUGGGGAUACAUAAUAUGUGACUGUGUGUAUGAUGGUGAUUGGCUUCCAAUGAGCAGCACAUUGUGUGUGCACUGUAGCCAAUCAAUGCACUUUUACUUGCUGUAUCCGCUACGCAGUGGUGUGGCUUCUAGUUGGAGUGACUCCCAGCGGCCUUGCUUUUUUUUUUUUAUCAUUUUCUUUACAAUAAAUGUAAAUACAUAUCUCCCGUCAUAUAUUCUUGACUUAACUUUAUCAUAUUUAUUGAUAUUAAUCCUACCAUCUCUUAUCCUUUUUAAAUCAAAACCCAUCUUGUACUCAAGCUUGUCCUUCAUAUCUACUGAUAUACAUAAAUUCAUUUAUACAUACACCCAUGCGUGUAUACAAAUAUCAACAUAUACGUGCACCUGUUCAUAUAUACUUUUACUUUUCCCUUCCUUCCCUUUCUCUCAUCUCUUCCCACUCCUUCCUCUUUCCUUCCCUUCCUUUCCUUUAUACUUUAUAUAUUUUUUUCACCUCUGGACAAAUAGGCCACAAUUUAGUAUGAGUAUGUUCUUUACCAGUAACACUGUAAGCUAUUAAUUCAAACUGAAAAGUGUUGUCUACUCUUUCCAAGACUUCUUUCAAAGAGGGGGGGCAUGUUUUUUUUCCAUUGAGCCGCAAUACUAAUUUUCGCAGCCACUAAAAGAUUAAGAUUCACAACCCUAUGUGGCAGAUCAGCUAGAGAAGGGAUUAAAUGAAGUAGCAUUCUGGCUGAAAAGGAUUUUUUUCCCUUUUUUUUUAAUUUUAUUUUUUACUUUACUAAUAGUUUUCCAAAAUGGUUUUAGCCUAGAACACUCCCAAAAAAUAUGUUUUAAGGACCCUAUUUCACCUAAACAUCUCCAACAUACCGGUGAUAUCUGAACAUGCAUACAUGCCAAUCUGAUAAGUACCAUCUGAUAAGUAUUUUACAAAAAGCGUCCCACUGAGAUAAGCUAUGGGGUGCUGUUUUUGUUAUCUUAAUAGUCUGUAACCAUUGGGAAAUAGGGAAGGCUUUACCCAACUCUUCUUCCCAUUUUGUAAUAUGGUUUGGUUUAACCUCAUUCCACAAUUCUGAGAACGCAUUAUAACAUAAAGAUAAUAGUUUACUCUUUUUGUUUUCCCCAUAUAGGGAUGGCCAAAGGAAGUUAUAUCAGAGAUAUUAUUUGCAUAUAAGUCUCUAGAAAUAAUAAUAUUUUUAAGAUGCAUGAAUAAUUCUUUAGGUGAUAAGUGGAAUUGUUCCUGCAGAUCUUAAAAAGACUUAAUUCCUUUUUCAUCGCGUCAGACUUAUUUUAUCUGUUCCUUUCCCAACCCAUGAUUCCACUGAAAGAUCUGCAGUUGUAGAAGGUGAUGUAAGCAUUUGUAAAAGGGCUAAUGAUAAGAGAUUAACCAUACCCAUAAGAGUAGGAGCCCAUUUUUUCCAACAUUGAAGCAUAUAUCUAGAGCAAGAAAGUAUUAAAGUUUUAAUAGAAGCUGGUAUCAUAGUUUAUUUUUUUUUGUAAAUCUGUUUUUAUUGAAGAUUUUGACAAUAGAUACAUAUAACAGUAGGGUAUAUCAGGUGGGACACGCAGGUCACCAUCAUAGCAAGAUCAUGAGCAUUACGUUUGUGUGACAUACAUGCUCGUGAGGUUCUCAUGUGUAGCUAGUGUAUCUCUCUGAGUGUUUUAGCCUGUGGCCUCUGCUUGUAGAUUCCCACAUGACCUCUUUCCACCCCCGUAGGUGUUAUGGAGUUUGUCACCGUUUUCCUGGACUGAUUUCAUGAAUUUUCCCAUGUUUUGGACCUAAGGCCCCCCCCAUAUAAAUUUGGAGCUGCGUCAAUCCUGUUAGGGUGUGGUCCUAUUCUGUCUCAUCGGUUAUGCCUGACCGUUGGCUCUGAUUGAGGUAUAAUUGUCGUCUUCAUUUUAGGUAAGGUGAGGUGUAGGGGGGUGUGAGUAGUGUUGUGUGUGAUCAAUAGUGUUGUGGCUGUGUUUAUGAUCAUUGACAGUUUCGCGUUCAAUGUGUUAUGGGUUAUAGCCAUGUGUAUUGCGUGUCUUGUGGGGUGCCAAUGAACUUGUUGAGUGAGCAGUUGUCCUUGGUUGUUUCUCCUUUUUCUCUUGUGAGCAUUGUGGUGGUUGAGUGUUGACAAAGUGCCAUCUAUUUUCCAUGGUGGUGUACUCUCUCUGCUCCUGAUUUAUGGUUGUGUUGGGGGGGAGGGAGGGAGAAGGAAAGGAUAAGUGUUGGGGGGGGGUUGUUAGUGAGAGUUCCGUGUUACGGGGGACCCUGGCUCGUCCGCACAUCCACCCCGGCUCCGCGAGCAUCCCCACCCCGUGAGUGUCGGCGAUAUAUAUACAAAGCACAGUUGCCACAUUUCCACGUGUUAGUUUCUCUGCCUGUUAGGGAGUCAUGAAGUGCCUCCGCGCUCUGUAUGUAUUCCACUCUCUGGAUCCAUUCCUUUUUCGUUGGGAUGUUGGUUGUUUUCCAGUAGGCUGGUAUUGACGCUUUAGCCGCAUUCAAGAGGUGUCGAAGUAUUGAUUUUUUUAAAGCUCGAGAUCGUUUGUUGAGAGAUAUGUAGGAGGGCGAGUUCUGCAGACCACUCUGGGACAUCCCCCAGCACCAGAGUCACCUCAGUUUUUACCAUGUCCCAAUAUGGGAGUAUGUCGCGGCAUUCCCACCAUAUAUGUAGUAGUGUGCCUCUGUCCUCCUGGCAUCUCCAGCACGUUGGUGGCACUGCCAGGAAAAUCCGAUGUAUUACGGUCGGUGUUCUAUACCAGAGGGAUAGCAGCUUGUAAUUUACCUCCUGGUAGUAGGAACUCAUGGAGUUUUGUGUUGCCAUAUCAGAGCUUUAUCUUACCCAGAUAAAUGUCUUACCCAGGGAUUCCUCCCAUUGUCUCUGGAAGGUGGUAUUGUUUGUUUGGGUAUCCGUUAUUAGUUGUUGGAAUAGCGUUGAAACUGCAUGGUUCAGUCUGGUUCCUUGUUCACAUAGUCCCUCGAACCAUGUUAAUUCCCUGUGUAGGCACUCUUAAUGUGUGAGCGUGAUGUAAUAUCGUUUCAGUUGUAUGUAUCUGAGAGUAGUCAUGAUGGUCUUUGGUCUACCCUUCAGUAGCGAUUCUAAGUCUCGUAUUCCACCAGCUCGUAGAGCUCUGCUUACUGGGAUAUAUUCCCCUUCUCCCAGGAAGCUCCAGCCCUCACCUAUUUUACUAUUGUGCGUAACCGGGAGCAUUGGGCUAGGUGUGGGCGAGAUGUACGACUUUUACCUCAGCGAUUUCCAUCCACAUAAUGUUUGUGUGACUGAUCCCACAUUAUCCUCCCUUUUCUGGGGUUGCAGGCCUCCCUCCCAAACCAUCAACUCCAAGGUCCCCUCCGUGGCUUCUCUGUCUAGCGUCACCCAAUGUUUGUGUGGGGGGUUCAUGUGCCAGUCUAGGAUACGCUGUAGUACCGUGGCCUGAUGGUAUUUUCGGAAGUCCGGUAAUGCUAGUCUAGGUAGGCACAGUAUGUUGUGUCUUAGUCUAGAUCGUUCCCCUCGCCACGUAAAGCGUAUGACUGCCAUUUUCAGUGAGCAAAAGAAGUUUGCUGGAGGGGUGAGGGGUAUGGUCUGCAGGAGGUAUAGAACCCUGGGGAGCACGUUCAUUUUAGAUUCCCAGAUAUUUAAUUUUGCCAUGGCACCACUUGAAGUCGAAUUCCGAUCCCAGCUCCAAGUAUUCUGAUGUGGGUAGCCUGAGGUUCAGCACCUCGUAUUUUGAUAGAUUGAGCUUUAAACCUGAUAUUUUGCCGUAGCGUUCGAACUCCUCUAGGAGGUUUGGUAUAGUUAUUCUAGGGUGUUUGAUAAAGAAGAGCAAGUCAUCGGCGUAUGCCGCAACUUUAUGAGUCGUUCCCCGUCCGUCAUGUCCCUGUAUGUUUGGAUUCAAGCAGAUCGCUUGCAGGAGAGGUUCCAGGGACAGGGCGAAUAAUAGUGGGGAGAGGGGGCAUCCCUGCCGUGUUCCAUUGCUGAUCGCGAAGUCCGCUGUCCGGGCUCCGUUGACCCGCACCGAAGCCCGCGGAGUGCUAUACAUGGCAGAUAUCCAGGUGAGGAGCGUCUGUCCCAUGCCCAUCUCUUUUAGCAUGGCUAUCAUAUACUGCCAGUUGACUCGGUCAAACGCCUUCUCUGCGUCAGUUGAUAACAGCAAAAGGCGCCCUCCCGUCUUCCUCGCCCGGUGUUGAAUGGAGAAGAGUCGUAAGGUGCUAUGCCGUGCCCGACGACCGGGGAUGAAGCCCGUCUGGUCCGUGUGGAUUAGAUUCGGGAGGUAUGGUUGUAUCCUACUUCACCUUUGUGAAUAAUUUCGUUUCGACAUUUAGGAGGGAUAUUGGGCAAUAGCUACUGCAGCACAUUGGGUCCUUUCCCGAUUUGAGUAUGAUGGUUAUCAUCGCGGAUAGGGAUUCUGGUUCGAGUUGCAAGACGUAGUUUGCAUAUUUGCAUUCGGGGCACAUUGCCCUUCAGAAGUCGGGCCAAGUAUCUACCCCCUUUAUUAGCAUGGGCAUAGAAAAAGCCCUUUGAGCUUUGUAAGUAGCGAAGAUGUUUUUUCACUAUGAGGUCCUUCAGUGUCUCCGUAUACUUAGUGUAGUUGGUUUCAAUUAUGUUGUAACUCCAGGGUCGAGAUGGACUUAUAGAGAGCUGCCAUUUCCUGAGAUGCCUCUUUCUUCUUUCUGGAGGCGAUGCGGAUGAGCGAUCCCCGGAUUACGCUUUUAUGUGCUUCCCAUAAGGUGAUGGGCGACAUCCCCUCAUGGUCAUUCUCCCUGAAAUAAUUGUCUAUGUCUUGUCCGAUUUGCUCAUGUGUGACCAGGUCUAUUAGUAGUGCUUCAUUAAGUCUCCAUGUCCAAGUGGAGGGUCGGAACAGGGGUGACUCUAGUUCCAUGCUGACCGGGCUAUGGUCUGACCAAGUUGCUGGUUCUAUGGUCGCUUUUAGUAAGCGAGAGAGACCCUCUUGUUUAAUGAAGAGAUAAUGAAUUCUUGCGUAGCGGUUGUGAAGAGCGGAGUAGUGCGUGAAAUCUUUGUCGGAUGGGUUGAGGGCUCUCCAGUAAUCGGCCAGAUCCAAGCUGUUCAGCAAGUUCCGUAUGGCUCGGAUGCAUCGUUGUGGUAUACAGCUAUGUCCCGAGGCAUUAAAGUCCCCCCCCCAAUAUUAGCACGCCCUCCACAAACUCCCAUAGUUUGACCAGUGCUCCUCUCAGGAAUGCGGCUUGGCGUCUGUUUGUGACGUAUAGCGUUGCAAACGUAUAUAUUUUGUCCGCUAAGAAACCCUUUAGGAAAAGAAAGAACCCCUGUCCAUCCUGGGUUUGUGUCAGUUCUUUGAAUUCGAGGUCUGCUGCUAUCAUUAUGGCUACUCCGGACUUACAAGCAGUCGGAUGGUUGCAGAAGUAGUUGUUCGGGUACGAUUUGUUGCGUAACUGGGGGGCUGAGCCUUCCCUGAAGUGCGUUUCUUGGAGCAUUGCCACUGUGAUAUGUUUUUUCUUUAGUUCCCUCAGCAGGUGUGUUCUGCGUUCCGGGAUGUUCAGGCCCCUACAGUUGAUUGUGAGGACAGACAGUGGCUUGCUACGGUAUGUCAUGUUUCUUUGUGGUUGUUGGCUCUCACUCUCCAGGAAUAUGGAGUCUAGCUCCCGCGACAGAUGCCUUCAGAACCCGUGACCCCGGCACGGACUUGGGGGGCAUGGGUAGGAAGGAGGGUGUUGGGGAGAGAUGUGUGCUGGGGUGCGUGUGUGGUGUGGUGGCUGGUAUCAAAGUUGUCCACAAAAAUUGAUCUGACAUAUGUUUUAUACAUGCAUUUUUAAAAUAAGUCAUAUUGGUAGUUUAGAACUUAUAAUAGCUUUUAGUUUCUGUGUAAGUAUUGAUGCUUUAUAAUAUGUUUGUAUACAUGGUAUACCUAACCCUCCUAAAACAUAGGGUUUCCUUGCUAAGUGAUGAGCUAUCCGUGGAGGUCUCUUUUUCCAAACGUAGGUAUUAAUAAUGAACUGAAUUUUCUUACUAUACUAUUAAGUAAUGCUAUGGGUAUUGUGCGAAAAAGAUAGAGCAUGUGUGGUAUAAUCAACAUCUUUAUUGAAAUCAUGCGGCCUAAUAAUGGUACCUCCCUAACCCUCCAUUUCUCCAUUUGUUGUUCUAAUUUAUACUUAAGUUUCUUAUGGUUUUCCUGAAUUAGGAGGCUAUUGGUUUGAGCCAGAUUAAUACCUAAGUACAUAAGAGAUGUUUUAUGCCACUCAAAUGUAUAUAUCUCCUUUAAAAGUUGUAUUUCAUGAUUUGAUAAUCCAAUAGGUGAAACUUGUGUUUUUUUACCAUUAUUUUUAUAAUGUAAGACUCGAUCAUAUCUUUCAAAGAGUGUGAUCAAAGAAGGGUUAGCACUCACUGGCUGAGUUAGAAAUAGUAGCACGUCAUCCGCAAAUAGGGCUGAUUUUUGUUCUCACUAAAGGUUCUAAACAUAAAAUAAAAUGUUUGGGUGAAAGAGGGCAACCUUGGCGGGUACCGUUUUUUAUAUUAAAUGAUUGGAUAAAAAGUCCAUAUGAAAUACCUUUGCAGAAGGGUUUGAGUAAAGUGCUAAAAUGCUUUUCAUAAACUCUAUGGGAUCCCCAUCUUGCUCAAAGUCACAGUCAUAUAUGUCCAAUGUAAGCGAUCAAACGCUUUAUCAGCGUCUAAUGUCAUAAUUAUACUUUGCUGUUUACUCUUAUGCGCCCAUUUAAUGAGAUCAAUAAAAUAUCUGGUAUAAUCACCUACUUGCCUAUUUGGCACAAACCCAGCCUGUUCUGUUGAGACAAGAUCAUCUAAUUAAGGCUUAAUGCGCGUAGCCAAUAAUUUGAUAUAUAGUUUUAUAUCAGCAUUUAAAAGCGCUAUAGGCCUUAAGUUUGCGCCCUCAAUGGGUAGUUUCCCUGGUUCUGGCAACGUCACCACAUAUGCUUCCAUCAUUUCCUUUGGUAUAUUACCUGAAUUUUUUAUAUAAUUAAAAAGUACAAUAAGGUAAGGUGUUAGAAUGGAUUCCAUUUUAAUAUAUUAAUAAUUAGAAAACCCAUAUGGACCUGGUGCUUUUUGUUUUGGAAGGGUUAAGAUUGCAUUACACACUUCAUCUUCUGUAAAAUAAUUUUUUUAAGACCUUUUUUGCUCCAAAUUUAUUUCCAACGAAGGAACUUCAUCCAAAAAACAGUUAAUUUCCUCUGGUGUGGGCUGAUAUGUUUCUACAUCCCCUGUUAAGUUAUACAGUUUACUAUAGUACAAAGCUAACUCCUCUACAAUAUCGUUUGGAUUGUAAAGUUUCACAUUAUGGGCAGAAAUAAUAUAUGGGAUUUAAGUUUGUAAAUAGUUCGCUUUUAAUUUCCGCGCGAGUAGCUUUCCUGCUUUGUUACCAUAGCUGUAAUGUGUUUGUUUUAAGGAACGCAUUUGUUUCUCAGUUUCUUGUAAAGAAAAUAUCUGUAAUUGUUUUUUACUCUAUCCUAUCCUUUUAGAUAACUUUUUUGAGGGAUUCGAUUUAUUUUGAGAUUCUAAAAUAGAAAAUUCUUGCAACUGUCGUGACCUAGCCGUAUCUACUCUCCUUUUAUUCAAGGAACCAAUUUGAAUCAAAAUACCUCUUAUUACAGCCUUAUGAACUAUCCACUGCAUCGUUACUGAGAUUGGGCCUAUUAAAUUUUCCUGAAAGUAUAGUUCUAUCAUUUCCUUGACUCUUUGUUGAUUUAUUAGAUCAUCUAGCAGUGCCUCAUUUAGGCGCCAUUUACCUCUCCCACGAGCUGGAUAAAGUGAAUUACAAUUGAUACAUUUCGGCACAUGAUCUGACCAGGUUCUACUGCCUAUAUUAACAUUGAUUAUGUUUUUAAUUGUAUUUUCAUCCACUACGCACAUAUCAAUAUGUGAAUAUGUAAGGUGGACCGGAGGAAAAAAACGAGAAAUCACUUGCUGUUGGAUAUAAACUUUGCCAAGUGUCAUAUAAAUCAUGCAUAUAAAAUAAUUUAGCUAAUCUCUUAGCUAAUAAAGUUGAAAUAUGACUAGGAUUCUUAUUUAGUUGUCGUUUAAUGUCUUGUUCUGGGUCCAAUGUGCAAUUGAAGUCCCCGCAGAUAAUAAAAUAACCUUUUUUCAAUAAUGCAUUUUUUCAAAAGAUUUUUAAAAAAAUACUGCUUGAGGUUGAUUUGGGGCAUACAAAGAUACUAUAGUAAUUUCACAUCCAUUCAUAGAACCUACUAAUAUCAAAAGUCUCCCUAUAUCAUCCCCAUAUCUUUUCUCUAGCUGAAAUAACCAAUCUGCAUGAAAGAAUAUAGAAACACCUUUUGUUUUUUGUUGUGAACAUACAUGAAAAGCUUGAGGGUAUUUCUUAGAAUUAAAAUUGGUUGCAUUUAUUAAACUAAAAUGUGUUUCCUGAAAACAAACGAUUGCUGCAUUAGAUUUGUACAUUUCAUGCAGUGCUAGUCUUUGUUUGUUUGGGCUAUUUAAACCAUUAACAUUUAAUAAAAAAAUUUAAAAUGGUUCAUACAGAAACACCUUAAUAUUCUUAUUGUUCCUCCCACUCACCCCCUUCGUUCCUAUCUUCCUUUUCUUUUCCCUUUUUUACCCCGUUUCCUUGAAAUAAGGGCUCUAUAUAUUUCCUGCAAUACUGUAGAGGUCCAAAAAAAAAAAAAAACCUCAGAAUUUGAAAAAAAAAAUAGGUAUUUACAACAACUCUCAUUAUUGAGAGUAAAGGUUUGGCUGUAUGGGGGUUAAAGAACUGACCCCCCAAAUUCCAGCCCUUAGGCACAUGUAAUUGAACAACGCAUGUGGACAACGCCUAGUGGUUAAUGUCUAUAUAUAUAUAUAUUAUUAUGCAUAUUAUUAUGCAUAUAUAUUAUUCUCUCAAGACAUUUUAAACCUUUUAACCAUACAAUCAUUUAAACAUUUAAGUUCUUACUUAUGCAACUAAUAUGUGCCACAAGAGGAAAAACCAAACAACCUCUUUUCUUUUCAUCCCCCCUCCUUUCUCCCCCUUCUCAUUCCUUCCCUUUUUUCCCAUUCUCCCCAUAUAUUAUUUUUUAUAUAUUUUUUUCUUUUCCUUCCCUCUCCCUCUUUUUCCCCCUUUCUGCUCCUUUUUCCCUUUAUCCCCACUCCCGCCUUUCCUUUCUCCUUUUUUUUAUAUAUUUUUUUUAUUUAUAUAUAAUUAACACUUAUAAGUUGGUAUAUUUUUUUUUUUUACCAAUUAUUUGGUUUUCACAUUUGGUCAUUCAAAGUUCCAUUCCUCCAAAUCAUCAACUUUGUAGGGUAACCCCACUGAUAUGGAAUUUUCUUUUCUCUUUUUUUUGUAAUAUUCCCAAAUUCUCGUCUUAAAGCCAUAGUCGUGGCGGAUAAAUCCGCAAACAAACAUAUAUUCUCAUAGGAGCUGGUAAUGUUGACAACUUUCUGACAGCGUUUACUAAUGACUCUUUAGAUUUAUAAUAGUGAAAGCGGAUAAUUUUAUCACCGGGUGUAUCUGCGGGAACAUGAAAUGGCCGAUCUAUAGCCCAAGCAGACGCUUCCAUCUCUGGCACUAUCGUUGAACAUAACGUUUGCACAUAUUCUAAAAGAUCACUUUGUGCAACAGCCUUGGGUACCCCCUGAAUUCUUAGAUUGUUGCGCCGUGAAGGAUCCUCGAGGUCUGCUACUUUUUUUUCAGAACAAAUUGAUCAGCCUCCAGAUUUUGCAACUUAUCCACAACAAUAUUCUGUGUUGCAUGCAUUUCCUCUGACUCCUUUUCAAGCUAAUCGAUUCUAUUUCCCAAUUCUGCCAGAUCCACAUGCAGAGAACCAAUAAUCUGCUUAAAAUAUGUUUGUAUGGUUAUACCAAGCUCCUGUAGCAUCCUACUGAAGCUUGCGUGACCAGGCUGUCAGCAUUUUCCCCAGCAGCAGUGAUUAAGCUGAGCAGGUUAGGUGGUUUGGGAGAGACCGCAUCUGUGGCAGGUAACACUGUGUCAGUGCUCAUUUGCUCCCUUUGCGCAUCCCCUUGUACCUCUGAGCUGGGGGAUUCUGGUGGUGAUUUUGCGUGUGAGUGUUCUCCAACCUCGUCGCCAUCUUGCUGGGGCUUACACUGAUCUUUCCUCCCCUGUUGGAUUGUAUCUGUAAGUUUUGCCUGCUUCGAGGGAGCCAUCCUCCAUACAGCAGUCCCGGGCAGACCUGUACAGAUCUGUUCAACAGUCCGGUGUUCAACCAGCGUACGAGGGAGUUCUCCUCUGGAACUCUCACCGAAGAGAAACCUGUUUUUUGCUUUACACUCAGAGCUGUGCGGACCAAGGUAAGUAUCAAAGGGUAUCACCAAGGAUCUUUUGCCACUUGACGAUUCACGCUGCUUCACUCUCCGCUAUUUUAUAGCAGCUUAUACCAGCAUUAACUGUAGCUUUUUUUUCGGGCUUGGGCAGUGUAGGAUAAAGAGCCCUGCUACAUGCGACUGCUCUCACUGGAAGGCAGACAUGCCCCAGAGUGGCCUUGGUUUUUACAUCCCCACUGCUGCUGGUUCAAUCUCGACUUCUUUCACUCCGCACAAUACUGUAAGUAACCACUGAAGUCCCAAGAUGCGAGGGUAGUAAUUUCAGGGCGCCAGAACUUCAGUGGAGAUGUGAGCAUAGCCCAGAGUUCCCGCCCAACCCAGAACAGCCUCAUCCUACAGCAGCACCAGAUUUCUUGAGUUUUGGCGGCUGGCUAAGCCCACCCCAGUGGAUGGGCUGAUUGGGGAAAAUGAGUGAGUGCUUUCCCCCUGCCUCAUCAGGAGAAAUGGGCUGGUUAGCAAUGUACACACAUACAAACUGACAUUCCACACAAGUACUCACCUACAUUUAAACAUGUACACACACAAUUGUGUAAGACAUAUUACUCUGAAAUCACAUACACUGAAACUACAAAUGUACUGGCACUAAACACUAGCAGGAAAGAUGGAGUGGCUGGAGAGGCCAGGUGGCCACUGUGAAAAAAAUUUGCACAGGGUGCCUAAAUAUCUAAGACCAGCCCCGUAUAUACUUAUCAUCAGAUGUCUUCUAUCUUCUUAAAACUUCUUGUCUUCCAAAAAGGGCAAAUAAAACCAUUAAGUCUGGACGCAACUAUUACACAACAAGAAAAGCAAACAAAAACUGACAGAAAAAUAAGACAACAUAAAAGUUAAAUCCAUGUUUGCUCAGGGCUCCUUGCAUACUGGCUUUCUUCACAGGCACAGCCCUCAUAAGGACUUUUGUAUGCUAUGCAAACUCAGUCAAAUCACUCUGAUUGGUUAGCUUGUGAAUGAGAGCACUGAAAGUCACUAGUCUCUUUUAUGACAGAAGCAUGACCCGACUCACGACAUGCAAGAAUUUAAACCUCCAUUAUGCUAUUUGGUAAUAGUUGAAAGACCAAAAGGGCUUUUCUUAAUUACAAUCUUUCAGCUCCUUAGUUUGAUUGCUAUCAUUAUGUGCUAUAUGAUAAAAUAGCGCUCUAAUUUUGUGGUAUCCUUAUGUGAGAUUGCCACUAAGAUACCAAAUAAGGAAACUAUCUACUAAAGAGCUUCAUAAUUUAGCCCUCUUAAAUAUGGCAUCCCACGUAAUGGUACCAGUUUAGAGAGAUAUUUAUUUAAUCGGCUAAAUUAUGCAUUUUUAGAAUUUCAUCUGACCCGAAUGUUGUCAAUUGGGCUGUUCAUUUCUGAUUAAAUUUGGUCAAUAUUUUUGGAAUGUAAUUUCAUUUGGACAAUUAUUACGACCUAUGGCUUUAUUUUGCAGUCAUUUAUCAGAUAAGUCACUAAAUUGGGGUCUCUUCAGUGGGAUUGAAAUAUGUAAGGGUACCAAAUUAGCGAACUGUUUAGUAGAUAGCUCCAUUAUUUUAUAUUCAUUUUGAUCAACCAAAAAUGUCCAUUGUGCCCAAGUUCCCAGGAGACAGAGCAGAUAAAGAUGACCUAAGAAUACAAUACAAAGUUGAACGAAGAAUGCAAGUGUACAGUUUAGUUUUUUCUAAUUGUUGAAAGAGUUCAAAAAGUAUUUGGUGGUUUUUCUUUGCUUGGUUUGUAUGGCCCAUUCAGGGCCGUCUUUAACGCGGGGCAAACGGGGCAGCUGCCCCGGGCCCAGUUGCUCCUGAGGGGCCCCAGAGCAGCUGCCUCGUGGGCCCCGUGAUUUGAGCAGCCCCCAUGGACCUGGCGGGGUGGCUGCACAGAGCCACACCAGCCGCACACUAAGGAGGCCCCCGGGAGACCCGGUGGGCAUGUGUCAGCAGGGGCCCGGUCGGGCGCUGGGCCCCUUCCUGUUUGGCAGCCGGCUGGGAGGAAGUGAGUGCCGCGCGGGAGUCCCACCGGGGAUCACAACCGCGCAGGAGGAGAAAGUCAGGGAGGAGGGGAGUUCCAGAGUGCCUCAGCCUGCCACUGGACCAGGGAAACCACCCUCCAGAAAAAGGUAAGAAACUGGAGGGUGGCUAAAUGUAUGUCUGUGUGUGUGUGUCUAUGUCUAUCUGUGUGCAUGUCAGUAUGUCUGGGUGUGUGUGUCAGUAUGUGUGUAUGUCUGUGAGUGUCAGUAUGUCUCUGUGUGUCUGUGUGUGUGUGUGUGUGUGUGUGUGUAUGUCAGUAUGUCUGUGUGUCACUAAGUUUGUGUGUGUCUAUGUCUGUGUGUGUGUGUAUGUCUCUAUGUGUGUGUGUGUGUGUGUGUGUGUGUGUCAGUAUGUCUGUGUAUGUCUGUGUGUGUCAGUAUGUCUGUGUGUAUGUCUGUGUGUGUGUCUGUGUAUGUCAGUAUGCCUCUGUGUGUGUUUGUCAGUAUGUCUGUGUGUGUCAGUAUGUCUGUGUGUGUGUCAGUAUGUCUGUGUGUGUCAGUAUGUCUGCCUGUGUGUGUCAGUAUGUCUGUGUGUCUGUCUGUGUGUCAGUAUGUAUGUCUGUCUGUGUGUCUAUGUGUUUGUCAGUAUGUCUGCCUGUGUGUCUGUGUCAGUAAGCCUGUGUGUGUGUCAAAAGGUCUGUCAGUGUAUGCGUCUGUGUGUGUCAGUAUAUUUGUCAGUUUAUGUGUCUGUGUAUUCAUGAAUGUGUGUCUGUGUGUGUGUCAGUAUGUCUGAAUGUGUGUCAAUAUGUCUGCCAGUAUAUAUUUGUGUGUCAGUGUAUGUGUAUGUCAGUAUGUAUCUGAGAAUGUUUUAAUAUGUCUGUCUGUGUGCGUAUGUGUCAGUAUGUCUGUCAGUGUGAUUGUGGGUUGGGUGUAAUUAAGGGGGUUGGGGGGGAAGGAGCAGGGCCCAGGGGGUCCAAGAAAAUGCAUUGCCCAGGGUCCUAAUCAUAUUAUAGACGGCCCUGGGCCCAUUUGGCAACUCUUUUCUUUAUGGGCAGAGCCAAAUUUAUAUUUUAUAUUUUAGGCACUUAUAGGUAUAGAAUUUGAAGGCACUCGUAAGUUCCUCCAAAAAUUUAGUUCUUUAAUGCAUGCCCCAUGAUUUGGAGGACACAAGUGAACCAGUAUGUGCACCUCACUUCUUGCCUCUGCUAACAAAAAAAUGCAAUUCUCAUAUAGCACAUUGAAAAAUACGUGGGGAAAAAAAUCUGAAAAGGAAAAAUGCAUAUUUUUAUUUAGUUUACGUUAUAAAAAUUGUGACUUAAAUGUGGUGCCUCUUAAUAAUUAAAGAUCUAAUACCACACCUCAUAAAUGAGACAAAUAUUUAUUCCGUUUAAUUUUUGGUCAUUGAGUUAUUUUAGUUCAGGUUAGCUGGGGAACUCAUCCCAAUGCCCAUGAGUACUAGAGAGCAGCUGCCAAUGUAUUUUUUCUUUUUGGGCAAAUAUGUUCUGCUUGCUUCAAACAGUGAGAGAAGAAAGGAGGUGAGUUCAUGGCUGGUGAAUGAAUCAUUCUGUACAAUUUGUCACAGUUCUUAUAAGGCAAACUAAUCUGUUUUCAACCAAAACAUAUUUUUAAAUUUUUGUUUUUUCCUUCUCCUUUUUUCUCUUGUGUACUUGGAGUCCUUACGUUUUAUAACCUUAUAACUCUUAAAGAGACACUAUUGUCACUAGAACAACUACAGCUUAAUGUAGUUGUUCUGGUGUUUACAGCCUGUCCCUGCAGGGAUUGUUUUCCUGUAAGCACUGCCUUUUCAGAGAAAAUACAGUGUUUAUAUUACUGCCUAGGGCAUGGGUAGGCAACCAGAUGUUGUGGACUACAUAUCCCUUGAUGCUUUGCCAUGGCUUUAAGAGCAUAAUGGGAGGUGUAGUCCACAAUAUCUGAGGUGCUGAACUUUCCCCAUAGAGAUGCAUUGAGUCAAUGCAUCUCCAUGAGGAGAUGUUUAUUGGCACAGAGCCAAUGAGGAAAGCAUUGGAUUGGCUGAGAUCAUAAAAAAUUAUGAUUUCAUCCAAGAGGAGCAUAGCUGGAAAAAGGUGAGUAAACAAAAAUUUUAACUGAAGGUAAGGCAGGGCCAUGGACUUAAAAAGCUUUUUUGACCUAUAGUGUCAGAAAUACACAUUUGUGUUCCUGAUACUAUAGUGUCCCUUCAAUGUUUAAUGUUUUGCUAAACCAUGUAGGAACGCCAGGUAGCUCUAUUUGGACAAAUGUCGUAUGACGUUUUUUUUUUUAUAAAUAAAAGUAUUGGCAAGUUCUGGAGGUAAAAUAAACCUGAAUAGUGACAAGCGUACUUUAAGUGUAUAAACAACAUAAAUAUUCAGUGUCUGCUAGCUGUGAUGAAUGACACUUUGUAAAAAUACAUUUAUAAGAAAUUGCCCGAAUGGCUUUACUUUAUUAAAUCAUGGGAACGUUUUACUGAAAAUAAUAUUGCAUGUUUUGGACAUAUAUCCUUAAAAAGACAUACAGUACAUCACUUUGAAACAACUCUCUCAUUCAAACGCUUUAGCUUUGAAUAAGAGAGUUGCCUCCUUCAGAAGUCUGAAAAAGCAGGUAUGUAUUUACUUUUUUUGUAUUUACCUGUUUCUCUUUCCUUGGACUUUUCAUGAAUGUGAAUGAGUGAUAUCAUCCAGGAGCAGGAACAGCAUGGGACCCAGCCACAAUGUUACAGACCAGGAAACCCCACGUAGAUCAAACAUCCAGCCUUAGACUGUAUCAGAGACCAAGAUUACUGUAAAUCAGCAAAAAUAUUCAGCACUUAAACUGCCAAAGUGUUUUCAUUACUGUUCGUUCUUUGCCCUGUUUACCCUACCCCCUAACAAACCUUUACACACACAACAAGCUACUUCAACUAGAAUACCAUUGAUAUUAGUGGUGGAACCCCCAAGGGUCGCUGAGGUCAUGAGUGUAACCGGCUCUCUGUGUUCCUGCCAUCACAGGGGACCCAUGAUCUGGCUGGCUGGACACUUAGGGCACCCCACACAGGAGGGCAGCUAUGCACUAAGACAAAGUAGGAAGACAGGUGCCUACUCUGAUGAAAUAUAGUGUGGGGGGGAGGGAAAAGGAGGUGGUGGCGAAGGAGCUGUAAUCCUCAUGCUUUACCAGCACUGUUCCCUAGCGUUUUCUGCGGUGAUGGCAGGAAGAUAAAUCUGACAUCACUUCAGCCCCAGCUUCACUAAAGGGUGCAUGAGGGAGCUGGGCAGAAAGAGCACAAAAAUUACAGCAGCUCCACACAGGAGCUCCACUCCAGGUCUCUAAAGGUUCUGAGGCUGGGUGGGCUUAAACGAACAAAAAACAAUAAUAAUUUGGGAGUGUUUGAGAGAAUGUGUAUAUUUGAGUAUUUCAGAAUCAGUGAAAGUGUGUGUCUGUCAGUGUAUAUCUCUGUCAGUGAGUUUGUGUGUGUCUGUCAGUGUGUGUAAAACAGUGAGGGUAUGUCUGUCAGUGAGUGUUUGUCAGUGUAUGUGUAUCUGUGAGUGUCUGUCAGUGAGUCUCUGUCAGUAAAAGUGUGUGUUUGGUAAACAGUGUGUGUCAAUGACUGUAUUGUCUGUCAGUGAGUAUAUAUCAGUGUAUGUGUAUCAGUGAGAAUGUGUUUCUGUCAGUGAAAGUGUGUGUUAGUUAAAUAGUGUAUGUGUGUGUGUGUGUGUAUGUGUCAGUAAGAGUGUGUGUGUGUGUUCUUAAAAGGAUAAAAAUGUUUAAUAAAAAAUAGUUUCAUUCAACUCAUGGAAUUUGUUGUAAUGUGCAUAUACGUGUGUAUGUGUUUAUAUACAUUUGUAGGUGCAUAUAUACAGUAUAUACACACAUGUAUGUAUUAGCAAUAAAUGUGUAUUAUUGUAAAGUGUAUAUAAAAUAAGUGUAUAUUAAAGGGACACUAUAGUCACCAGAACAACUACAGCUUAUUGAAUUUGUUCUGGUUAAUAAAAUCAUUACCUUCAGGCUUUUUGCUGUAAACACUGUCUUUCCAGCGAAAAUGCAGUGUUUACAUUACAACCUAUCGAUAACUUCACUGGCCACUCUUCAGAUGUCUGUUUGAGAUCCUACCUGGGUCAUGGCUGCCUUAAAUGCAUCCAAACAUUCAGUGUCUCCACCCUCUGCAUGCAGACACUGAACUUUCCUCAUUGAUUCAAUUCAUCUCUAUGAGGAGAUGCUGAUUGUGUUUGAAUUGUGCUGGUUCUGCCCCUGAUCUGCCUCUUUGCCAGUCGCAGCCAAUCCUAUGGGGAAGCAUUGUGAUCGGAUCAGGCUACCACUUAUGCUGAUGUCAGCAGGCAGGUCUAAAGGAAACAGGGACAAAGCCAGCAGCUUCAGGCUUGAUUACAAGUAAGAUUGUACUAUAUUUAGGGAAGCAUGAAGGGACAGGGGGGCUAGAUGGUGGUUUUAACCCUGUAGUGCUCCUUUAACCCCUUAAGGACACAUGACGUGUGACAUGUCAUGAUUCCCUUUUAUUCCAGAAGUUUGGUCCUUAAGGGGUUAAAGAGCAAAAAUAUGGUCCCUCCCCUAAUUGUUAAUGAAAUCCUCAACAUUAGACCUGUGUGCCAAUGGCACACACGGUGUAAUGCCAUAAAUUGACUGGCAGAUCGUACUGUUGCUCCCUGUCACUGUGUUCCUUCCCCAACAGUAGCUUGUUGGGGAGUAUGGGAUGCACUGAUGCCAGUGUGCUGGCAGUAACAGUCAAUAUAUCACUGUCAUGCUAACACACACCAUUGCCUCAACAUAAAUACAACACACACAUCAAGAUCACAAGCAGCCCCCACACACACAUCACAUUGAAAGCAGCUCACUCACAUGCUUACACUCCCGGACACAGAGAUACACAUGUUCACGGACACAUAGAUGUACAGACAUAGAUAUGCAUUCUAGAUAUAGUCACGGAUACACAUACAGAUUUACACUUACAGAUGCACAAGGACACUCGCUUCCUCACGGGAACAUACACAGAUACACAAUUCCAGAAAUGCACAUACAGGUACCAAUACAAUACUCUUUUUUUCUGUAUCAGUUUGCCAUUAUUGUUUCCCUGAAAUUUCCCGGUGGGCCGUCGGCACCUGGGGCCGGGCAGGCAGCUGGCUCACCUGCGGCCGCCGAGGGAGCUCCUUUGGCGGCCGCAGGGGGAGCUGGCUGUUCUGUCUCUGCUCCCCCUUCCCAGCGCGCCGCUUAAUGAGACCGGGGAUGGAAUAUGACGUCAUAUUCCCGCCCCGGUAUCAUUAAGCAGUGCGCUGGGGAGGGGGAGCAGAGACAGAACAGCCAGCUUCCCUUGCGGCCGCCAGAAGAGCCAGCUCCCCCAUGCAGCCGCCAUAAGAGCUCCCCACAGGUAGAAAUUGUGUGAGUGUAUGUGUGUGUCUGUGGCAUUUGUGUGUGUGUGUCAUGGUGUGUGUGUCUGUCUGUCUGUGUCAUGGUGUGUGUGUGUGUGUGUCUGUCAUGGUGUGUGUGUCUGUGUCAUUGUGUGUGUCUGUGUCAUGGUGUGUGUGUGUCUCUGUCUGUCAUGGUGUGUGUGUCUGUGUCAUGCAGUGUGUGUCAGUGUCAUGGUGUGUGUGUGUGUGUGUGUCUGUCAUGUAAUUUGUGUCUGUCUGUGUCACGGUCUGUCUGUGUCAUGGUGUGUGUCUGUAUGUCAUGGUGUGUGUGUGUGUCUGUCUGUGUCGUGUAAUGUGUGUCUGUCUGUCACGGUGUGUGUGUGUCUGUGUCACUGCCUCUCUGUGUCAUGGUGUGUGUGUCUGUCUGUGUCGUGUGUGUGUGUCUGUCACGGUCUGUCUGUGUUAUGGUGUGUGUGUGUCAAGGUGUGUGUGUCUUUUUUAAGGUGUGUGUCUGUCAUGGUAUGUGUGUGUGUCUGUCAUGGUGUGUGUGUGUGUCUCUCAUGGUGUGUGUGUGUCUGUGUCAUGGUGUGUCUGUCUGUCAUGGUGUGUGUGUUUCUGUCUGUGUCACGGUGUGUGUGUGUCUGUGUCACAGUCUGUCUGUGUCAUGGUGUGUGUCUGUCAUGGUAUGUGUGUGUGUAUGUGUGUUUUUACUCACAUUUCCCCCCCCCCCACGUCGUGCUGGUCUCCCCUCGACUGGCCCUGCCUCUACGGCUGAGAUCAUCAAGCUUGAUGAUCUCAGCCAAUCUGCACUGACACAGGAAGCACCUCUAGUGGCCGUCUGAGUGUCUGUUACUUGGAAGAAAUGUAAACACUGCCUUUUCUCUAAAACGUCAGUGUUUACAUUGAAAAGCCUGCAGGAACAGGCUAUAGACACCAGAGCCACUACAUUAAGCUGUGUGUGUGUGCGCACCUGCUAGUGAGUGGGCUUGCGUGUGUGUGUGUGCCUGCUACUGAGUGAGCUUGUGUUUUUAUGUCAAUGACCUUAUGUUUAUCAGUGAGAUUGUUUGUCUAUGAGGCUGUGUAUCAAUCCGCUUGUGUCAGUGAGAUUGUCUGUGUCUACAUGUGAGAAUGCUUACUGUAUAAUUGAAAAUUUUACUUUGAAAGGACCAAUAUUUUAUAUUGGAAAAACAUAGCCACUUGGACAAUAUCCAGAGACUGUACCUUGCCUGUAUGGCGGUGGGGAUAUGUGUUUAACUCUGUAUACUGUAUGCUGGCUGUAAUGAUGUGUAAUUACUGUAUUGGCUAUCUGCCGAAUGCAGAUAGCUGUAUGUGCUGUAUUUUCUUUCGUUUCACGAACGGCACUUUUGCGGGCCGUUCGUGAACCGAAAAUACCCCCAUGUAGUAGCCCACACACUUAGAGGCGUGUGGCGCUUGUUAACCGAUUGCAACAAUGUUGCAAUCGGUAAUUAGAGGCUCUCCUAGGUGGCCGCCGUUCGACUACCUACCAUGCAGCGGUCGGCCAUCUUGGAUCCUUUGUUCCCUCAGCGGUGUUUGAUCGUCGAGCGCAUGUUACUAAAAACGGCUACUCGACGGCGCGAACACCGCUGAGCUUCAAGGCCGUUCGGGAGUUCCGGGCCGUUCGGUAUUUGGUUCCCUAGAAUGCAAUCGGUAUUUUGAACAUGUAUUUUCAUGAAUGUGUUUUUCGUGCGGUGUUCGGUUGUUUUAGCUGGGAUCUGAGCGGUAAUCUCACGAAUGAUACACUCAGACCCCAGCUAUCUACCGAACGUCCAGUCGUUUAAAUAGACCUAUUAGUCGAAAAGUUAUGGAUUUUAAUAUAAAUUGUCGGUUCUGCUGCACGGAGGGAUAAUCCACUUAACGGUACAUUCCUGUGGGAGGAUCCCUCUCGUGCAGCAGUGCCUGAUGGGAGAAAUGUUUUGUACAGUAAGUCCCCCAUGUAGUUCUCUCUGGGAAUACUCCUGGGAGGGGACUCAGGAAACCCCUUGCAUGGGGACUUGUAUAAAUUGUGGAGCUGAAAAUAAAGACCGCAGUUGACUGUGUUUCGUCUGGUUACUGGGAGAUUUGGGAUAUUGCCUUGCUUUUUCCAGCGCUUGACUGUGGAUUACUUCCUGAACCAGCGGAAUUCGUGGAUUUAAUAUUGGCGUUCCGCUACAAUCUCAAUCAUCUAGGGUGGCAAGACAUAGCCUUACAUAUUACAUGCGACAAUAUAUGGCGCAAUGACUUAUGGGGCUGGCAUAGAUUUUUUUUUUCCAGGGCUGCUUUGGAAAUCCCCAGUCUGACCCUGUCUCUUACAUCAUUUGCUCCUUUGUUUAAAAAAAGUCACAAAAGUGCACAGUUUCUCACACAUGGCUAGUGAUAGUUCGCAUGAAACUGAGAUGGGUUGAUAAGUGGAUGGGGAGUGGCAGGAGGGGAGGAUGUAGAACAAGCAUGUCAAACUCAAAGUCUGGAUCGGGCCACAUAAGCAAGGUUUAAGUUUAUGUGGGCCGCAAACAAAAUACCGUAAAUUUUCAUAGAAACUAAGGUUUAUUUUUAAAAGUACAGUAUAAUCCCUCCCCCCUCUACUAAACCUCCUAGCCUCCCUCUACUAAACCACAGCACCCCCUCUAUCACCCUGUGACAAAUCUGAUCCUCCUGCUGACACACACAAAUAUUCACUGACAGACACAGACAUACAGACACACUGACACACACAUACUCACUGACAGACACACACACACAUACUCACAGACAGACACACACACACACACAGACAGACACUCCCUGACAGACACACACAUACUUGCUGACAGACACACACACACACACACACACAUACUCACAGACACACACACGCUCACUGACAGACACAUACAUCCAGACACAUACAUCCAGACACACACACAUUCACUGACAGACACACACAUAUACUCACUGACAGACACAUACAUACAGACACACUGACAGACACACACACACAUACUCACCAACAGACACACACACAUACUCACUAACAGACACACACACACACUUACACAUUCUUGCACACACAUUAUUUUCUUUAUUGCUCCUUACCUUAUGGAGCCGAUGUGGGGCAUCUCCCUGGGGUCCUUCCUGCUCCUCACUGCUCCCUCGUGCGGUUUAGUGAUGCCAGGUGCUGGAAUAUGACGUCAUAUUCCGGCGCCCGGCUUCACUUCAGAUGGCGCAUGCGAGGGAGCAGUGCAGAGCAGGAUCACUGAGCUCCCUAGCUGGCCACGUACGUGUUAGCAGAGUAGGCACCUGCAGUAUGGGGAAAGCAGGUGCCUACUCUGCUAUAACACCAGCAUGUACUCGUGGCUCGGCAGGCCGCAAAGAUGGUCCUUGUGGGCCGCGAGUUUGACAUGCUUGAUGUAUAAACUCCCCUAAGAGACGUGCCCGAGAAUCCAACCUGACAAAGUUUACAGUACGUUUACAUAGCAUGAUUACAUGCUUUUGAAACAUUUCUUGCUUUAUUUUAGUUUUUAUAUUUAUGCUUGUUAGUUUAAAAAAAAUAAAAAAUGUCAAGUGAUGUAUUUCCCUUUAAAAGACAAUUGUAUUUUCACUGCGGUAAUGGAAAGUAAAACAGACAUGACCAUAUACAGGUGUGGAACAAUAAAUUGACUCCUUUAGAUUAAGUAUAUUUAAAAUAUAUUUCUCUCCCUUUAACAGAGUCGGACAGUCUUGACUUUGGAAAAAAGAUAAGUGUCCCCAGGGACAUCAUGCUAGAGGAAUUGACACUCUUCAACAAUCGGGGUGCCAGGCUCUUUAAAAAGCGACAGAGGAGAUCUGACAAGUAUACAUAUGAAAACUUUCCAUAUGAUAUGAAACCACAGACCAUAGUAAGUAUUUGUCAUCUUUAAUAUGUAUAAGCAGAAUGUAGAGUAAUGAUCACAGUCGUUAUAUUAUACAGUUAGUGCCAUGUAUUUAGCUUAGAGACAUUCGACUAUAUCAUGACUAGGUCUCUGACAAGGUUAUUCACUGAAGUGAGAAUUCAAGUUGAAUUUAAAAGUAAAUUUGGAUUUUGGAUUAUCUGAACUGUCUAUAACAAAGGUAUAUAUCAUAUUUCAGAACUGCCACUUCAGCUUAGAAAAAAACUGUUGCUCCAUAGUGCAUUACUCACACACUGUCAAUCUCACUUACUAAACCAGUGCUUUCCAAACCAAUCCUCAUGACCAUGGGUCGUCAAACCUGGUCCCUACCGCCCACUAGUGGGCAUUUCAGGAUUCCAGGUGGGCGGUAGGGAUUUCAGAGAUUGGGUAGGCGGGAGGGCGGGUGCGAGCUGGCGGCACCCGUGCGACCGCGUACGGCCGUCACCAUUUGCGGCCCCGGCCCGCAUGGCAAACCGCCGGGGCCGCCACCCAAGCGGUCCAUCGGAUGGCCCAUGCUGUCUGACUCACCUGAGUCACCACUGCACCCCAGGGAAAGUCAGGAAGGUAGGAAACAGGAGGGUGACAAAAAUAUUUUGUGUGUGUGUGUGUGUCUGUCUGUAUGUCUUGUGUGUGUCUAUGUAUGUAUGUCUUGUGUGUGUGUGUCUAUCUGUAUAUAUGUGUGUGUAUGUAUGUGUGUCUUGUCUUUGUAUGUAUGUGUGUCUUGUGUCUGUAUGUGUGUAUGUAUCUAUGUAUGUCUUAUGUGUGUGUGUCUUUGUAUGUGUACCUGUCUGUUUUUAUGUAUGUGUGUCUGUAUGUAUGUGUACCUGUCUGUUUGUAUGGAUGUGUGUGUCUGUAUGUAUGUGUGCGUGUGUUUGUAUGUAUUUGUGCCUGUCUGUGUGUAUGUGUCUUGUGUGCGUGUGUGUCUGUAUGUGUGCCUGUCUGUUUUUCUGUAUUUAUGUAUGUGUGCGUGCCUGUCUGUAUGCAUGUGUCUUGUGUGUGUGUGCCUGUCUGUUUUUCUGUAUGUAUGUAUGUGUGUCUGUAUGUGUGCCUGUCUGUGUGCGUCUGUAUGUGUGCCUGUCUGUAUGUAUGUGUCUUUUUAUGUGUGUGUGUGUAUGUAUGUGUGCCUGUCUGUUAUAGUGGGCUAUAGUAAGUGGGCUACCGAGGUAAGCCUUCCUACUAGGCAUUUCUAUAAGGAAGGUUAAAAAAUAGAAAAAAGGGAUAAAAAAGGUGGGGAGGGGAAUUGAGGAGUGACAUGAGAUGAGCUGACACACAGAUGAGAAAUUAUAUUAUGCACAAACAGAGAAGUCGUCUGAAUAUCACCGAAAGAGGAGACCUUAGUUUGUUCCUUACGAAAAUCGAACCAGAUAUCAAAUAUUUAGUCUUGCAGCAUCAGCCUCAAGGAUCUCAUUAAUCACUAGUAAAGGUAAUUUCAAUUUACUUUAUUGUUUUCCAAUUAAACUUUAUAAAGUUAAAAACAUUAUAAACAUGCAUUAUGUAGAAAUAAAAAGAUAAAUGUACGUACAUUAAUUUUUUUUAAAACACCCUCCUUUCUAAAAAAUAUUCUGCACUUGCGCGAAAACUGGUGGGCGGUAAGGAAAUUUUUCCAUCAAGAAAGAUGCAUUAGUGGGCGGUAGGUAGAAAAAGGUUGACUACCACUGCUCAUGACCAACCAACAGUCCAGGUUUUGUCAGUAAAUACAUAACAUCAUGACUUGGUGGUGGACCAUGAGGACUGGUUUGGGAACUAAUGCCCUAGAGUAAAACACUGAUAUAAAUUGGUUGAUUCACAUGUCCAACACAUGUUAAUUUCACUUUUUAAACUUUAUUAAAGUUAUUGAAGUCAAUACUGUACUUCUUCAUGUUGUGAUGUUUUCACACAAAUUUUUAUAUUUUAUACAUUUGUAGACACAUGCAUGUAGGUUGUGACUGACAAACUUACCCUUGCUUUAUCUUUUCUGUAUCUCUUAUACUCUUAAAUUUAAAUAAAGAUUGUCAAAAAAAUGUAAGGAGGUCAUUUGUUUACAACCUCCCCUAUUUUAACAAGGUGUUCUUAUUGACUCAUAGAGGCAAGUUAUUUAUUUAGUAUGGGUACCUAAGUGUAUGUGCCAGUGUGUGUAUCUGUGUGCCAGUGUGUGUAUCUGAUUGUAUGUCCUAGUGUGCGUGUCUGUGUUUCAAUGUGUGUAUCUCUGUUUCAGUGUGUAUCUGAGUGUGUAUGUGCUAGUAUCUGUAUGUCAAGGUGUUGAUAUGUGUGUCUGUGUGUGUAUGGGGUGGGACAGGAUGCAUGCGUGUGCAUGUUGGGAUGUCUGGAAAGGAAGAUGGAAGAAGGGGGCUGAAAAUUUUACUAACUGGAAAGGGAGAUGGGUCUGGAAACAUGGCUAAUUGCUGUCUUAUAAACAAAGAGAUUGGAGGUUGGCUAUCUGAGGAGAAAUAGAGAAAAAUCUGGGACAUGUCUGAAUGGGAUGGGAAGGAAACUAUAAAUGACUAUAUAUUCACUGUAGAGGGAAGUCUAGGGGAAAGAAACACUCCACAUACACACACACACACACAGAGAGAGACAGACAUACAUACACACAUAGACACUCUGACAUUUACACACACUAGUACAAAUGCGCAUGCAUGCCACACACACACAUAUACAUACACUCAAACACAGACUCUCUAUGUGUCUGCACCCAACUAUUUUUUUAUAUAUAUUGUUUUUUAAAUUCAAGUUUGGUUUUUAUUAGUUUGGUGGGUUGCGGUAAUUAGAUAAUUCUGUGCCUAUAGGGACUCAUGGUGUAAAUCUGGACCUGAUUGCCGGGGUCGACUCAAAAGCCUGCACGCUUCUCUAUAUGUGAAAGUAGUCAAGUGUGCGUUAUGAUCAUUUGGAUUCUUUGGGCUAGCUGUGAGCUGAUAUGGCCUUAUAACAUGAAUGGUUAAAAAUGUAUUAAUGCAGGAUUAAAAGAUAUUUUGUAAAAUGUAUAAUGUGCAGAUACUGUAUUGUUAAUAACAUUUCAGUCCUUCUAUCUGCACUUUAAUUAAAGUAUGCCUGUUCAGGGUGGAGCAUCCAUAUUUAUGUCUCUGUAACACAAGCAUUUUAACACCUACUGACACCUGUUGCACAGUAAUAGAACGCCUACUUUUAUGUUGAAUUUUUUUUUUUUACAAGCUUACAAACUAUAUCAGCGCGUACCAUGGUUUACUGACACUUCCUUAUCCAGCAACAGACAUUACUCACCAAUAAAUAAGACACAUCAAAUAACACAGGCACAUGACAUUACAUCAUCUUAAUGGUUUUACAAGGCACGUGAAACAACCAACAGCUAAUCACUUUUGUUGGGCAAUAUUGUAUUUUUCGUUAUCUAUGAAUAGCAGGAAAGUAAAAAUAUCCCAAAAAUGUUACAGUCAUUUAUUAUUCAUACAUCUAUAUUUUACAUAACUAGGCGCAGGCAUACAUUCACUAGUCAUAGAAUGUAAUUAAUUUAGCACAUGAAUGCAUUUUAAAAACAUAGGAUAUUUAGUACCAAAGAAAAAAAGUGAUAUGUUUUAAGACAUACAUAACUGGUUAACAUGAUUUUAUUAACUCAUCCAUAAUCUAUUCAGUGUGUAAAAUAUACACUGAUCAGCUACAACAUUAAAACCACUGACAGGUGGUAAAACCACUGACAGAAGUAAAUAGCAUCAAUUAUAUUGUUACAAUGGCAUCUGUCAAGAGGUGGGAUAUAUUAUGCAGCAAGUGAACAAAAAGUUCUCAAAUUUUAUAUGUUGGAAGCAGGAAAAAUUGGCAAGCGAAAAAAUGUGAGUGACUUUGACAAAGUGAUGGCUGGAUGAGAGCAUCUCCAAAACAGCAAGUCCUUUGAGGUGUUCCUGGUAUGCAGUGUGGAUAACCUACCAAAAGUGGUGCAAGGAAGGACAAAUAGUGAGCCAGUGUCUGGGUCAUAGGUUCUCAAGGUUCAUUGAUACACAUGAACGCUGACCUGUCUGGUCCAAUAACACAGAAGAGCUACUGUAGCUUAAAUUGCUAAAACAAAAACAAAAAACGUAAUGCUGGCAUCACAGUUUGCUGCGUAUGGGACUGCAUAGCCAUAGUCCAGUCAGAGUUCCAAUGAUGACCCCUAUCCACCGAUGAAAGUGCAUCAGACCAUCAGUUUAUAAACAGAAAAUGGCACUGUUACCAUCUGGGGACUUUGCAUAAUUAACAAAGAGCCCUGAAGAAGUAAUCUUGCAGGUGCUGAUAUCUUCUGACCUCUUAUGCUCCUGCUGCUUCAAAGCCAUGAGCCAAUAUCACUGCUGUAUUCUUGCACAUGCAUGAGAGUACAGCAUUAAGGUCUAUCUAGGAUCCCUCGAGACCGUGGAAUCCUCCAUGGAUUCAGCUAACAUCUCUGCAGCUGUCACUGGUGACGGAUGGGAGAUUGACACUUCUAGGAUGUGGUCUAGAAGUGUCAGGUAUGGAAAAAUACAGAGACCAAGUAGUCACUACCUCAGUAUAUCUUUUGGCUUGGGUGGAAUUUCAACAGUCAACAAUGACAACAGUCAGAAUGUGUAUUUCAUAAAGAUUGUCAACUUCAGCCAUAGAAUAUGAUAUGAUAUAUGUGUUGCUAUAACAAAUUUGUUUCAAAAGUCAACGUUUUUAAAGGGAACCUUCGGGAACAAGAUGUAUAGAAACACAUGAUACAUUAUCUUGCUGGUUUCUCAUAUAAUACCUGUGUCCUACAAGAAAUCAUAAACAGAAUGUUUUCAAGUCAUGAAUAAAAAAAAAUCAUCUUUGCUCUUUGUAUACUCUCCACUGUGCAGAGUUGCCUGGCUGAAAAAAAAAACCUUAAACACCAGUGAAUACAAUUCUGUUAGUUCACCAUAGUGAACUUACAAGAGUAGAAUUGUUUUAUUCGAUGUUAUGCUUUACUUCCUGCCUCUGCAGGUGCCCGAGACUGAGAAAGUGGAAUGUUUUGCUUGAAACCAAACAGUACUCGGUGUACAAUAAUAAAGCAUCUGCGAACAUUGUGAAACAGGCAGCCAGCAUGACUCAUGUCAUAGAGAGGUCAUUCUAUGCAGUAUGGCAUCAGCUGUUUCAAUCUGAUUGGCUGAAGAGAGAAUCAUUUUGUAGCUGUAACUUGAAUGUGAAAAUGUUAUUAGACAUUCCACAUUCUCAAGCGUCUUCAUUGUCUGCCACAAAACAUGUACUAAAUGUAUUUUUUCCUGUGUGGGUUUUAUUUCAGUCAGUAAUAUUAAAGAGUGAAUUUUCGAUGUUUAACCCCUUGUUUUAUGUUGGAGUUGUGACCCAUCCCUCAUGCUUAAAGGACCACUAUAGUGCCAGGAAAACAUACUUGUUUUCCUGGCACUAUAGUGCCCUGAGGGUGCCCCCACCCUCAGGGUCCCCCUCUCGCCCGGCUCUGGGGAGAGGAAGGGGUUAAAACUUACCUUUUUUCCAGCGCCGGGCGGGGAGCUCUCCUCCUCCUCUCUGCCUCCUCUCCUCCCUUUCAGCUGAAUGCGCAUGCGCGGCAAGAGCUGCGCGCGCAUUCAGCCGGUCUCAUAGGAAAGCAUUUACAAUGCUUUCCUAUGGACGCUUGCGUCUUCUCACUGUGAUUUUCACAGUGAGAAUCACGCAAGCGCCUCUAGCGGCUGUCAAUGAGACAGCCACUAGAGGAUUUGGAGGCUGUAUUAACCCAUUUAUAAACAUAGCAGAUUCUCUGAAACUGCUAUGUUUAUAAAAAAGGGGUUAAUCCUACAGGGACCUGGCACCCAUACCACUUCAUUAAGCUGAAGUGGUCUGGGUGCCUAGAGUGGUCCUUUAAGCACAAGCAUGUUUCUGUUUAAUUUAAUUUUAAUAACGUUAUAAACAGCUUAUUUCUUAUCUUUAUAUAUAUAUUUUUAAAUCAACAAAUUUAUGGCACAGAUUCCUUCAAUAUUAUUAGACAAGAUUGACAGUGUUCCCUGCAGGAAGUUAAACAGUUCAUCUAAAACCAGUUAAACAUUCUAAGGAACAGAGCCCACCUGAAGUGGAAGAUGAGGUACAGAGGGGAGGUUGCUGUUCACAUGACCGGUGCCACAUUCAAGUGAAAAUAUCGAAAGUGGAACUCUUUUUAUUUGAUGUUACUACUUGAACGUUAAUUUGUACCUUCACUGUUUAAAUGCGAUAAGAAGAGGCCCUCCAUAUAGAGAUUAAGUUGUAGCACCAAAGGAAGGCAUCAAGAGUUAGGAAAUAGAUAUUAAGGAGUUAUCAACAUACCAUGAGGGCAAGCUACAUAUGAUUGUAUUACUAUGUCACUAUUGUUUAGCUUUUACUCUAAGUUAUACUUGACAGAACAUGUUCCCUUGGCGUGUCAUUUUGGCAUGGUUCCUUCAGUGGAUCCCAGCAGAAUUCUGGAAGGGGUAAUAUUACUGUAUAAUUAAGAGAAAAAAUUUUCUUCAUGGUACUGAUGGGGCUUUAGGGGGAACUUCUGCUGCUUGCGGCUAGGUACUUAUCAAGGUCGAGUGAUAACCCAACACACAGUAUGUAAACCCACAGAAAACCCAAAUACAUUUUACCGAACCUUAGAAUGGUCGGGUUUAACGUAAGAGAAAAGAGUAGUCAACGAAUAGCCAAAAGUCAGGAUACCAGAAAUCAGGAGAGAGUAUAAGAGUAGCCGGAUCAGGAUACCAGAAAUCAGGAGAGAGUAUAAGAGUAGCCAGGUCAGGAUACUAGAAAUCAGGAGGUCAAAAGUCAAGCUGAGUCAGGGAACCAGAAAAAAGGAAAGUCAGAAGUCAAGCCGGGUCAGAACACAGUAAUAACAAUAAUAAUAAUGCAAGGAGAACCAAAUAGCACUAAGGGGACCACAAGGAACCACAAUAGGGCUCCUUAAGGCAUAAGGAAGCGUCAUUUGCCUUAAGACCAUGCCCCCAAAAAGUUCUGGUCUGGUAUUGAUGACGUGGGGUCGCGUCAUUGACGUAUGCGCCGCAAAAACAGACGUGUUUCCAGUGUCUGGCAUAGGACAUGCUGAACACAGUCCGAGUGAAGUCGGCGUCGGAUCCCACACCAUGCAGGCGCGAUGGAUCAAGGUAAGAGAUUGUACCAGUACUGACAUUCUUUUGGGUCCUUGUUGGAUGAUACAGGGUAAUGUUAAUUUGUAUCUAUAUUUUCCUAUUCAAAAAAAGAAUACAUGAAUGCAGAACCUAUAUAACUACAGUAAUAGAUGGAUGCAGAGUCCGGUGCAUGGACCAACGAUCCAAGUCCACCCCUACGUGAAGAUGGCCCAAGGCUUCCACAGGUGAUAUAUACUCCGAUACCAUUUUCCCAAUUAUGCCCAGACACCAUUACUUCAUAAUCUAAAUUGGUCAGGGUGGGAGGGAAUUCUUCAACUGAUGCUUUGAGUUGACUGUUUUUGGUCCAAUAUGUAACACUUGCAAAGUAGUGUUUAGCCUGACAACCUGCACAGAUAACCCACUUACUCCAAUCUGGCGGCAAACCUGAACCCAUAUAGGGAGGUGGGGGGCUAGACUUACCUUAGUGACCAUCUGACCCUGUCGUCGUCCCCCAAACCUGGGGUCUUUGUCACUAAAGUACAUAGUUAGGCCGCAGGUACUACUACUCGUUUAUUCUACCAUUACCUUAACUGACUCCUACUAAUUUAUUCUAACGCUACUUUUCUAUCCUUCCUCUAUCCUUUCCCCUCACCCUUCUUUUUUUCCCUCUCUUUUAUUCCCCUUGUACGCAAUGCCAGAAUGUUUGCUAAUAAUAAUUAAGAAACCCAAAAAGCAGGAGUAGCCAUAUUGAUUGUACACACAAUACCUUGUAAUUGCAAGGCAAUGCAAGAAUACCUCUUGGGUCGAUAUCUAUUUGUCAAAGUGGCAAUAGCAGAUUGUCCACACAUCUUUGCAUGCCUAUGUGCACCCAACAAACGGCAACAUGUAUUUCUGACCCACACUCUCUCAGCAGGCAUAUUGAUUAGAGGAAAUUGAUAUCAGUAUCCCCCUCAUUCCAAAGGUUGAUACUUUGAAGGGUCAAGGCACAAUUUCCUCCCACAGUAAAGGAUCAAUAGAGACUUCCAGGUUUGGUCGAUUACUGCAUGGUUGCACUCCUGGAGCUGUGGUAGAGCUGAAGUCUCCACUGUACAGAUCAAGCAGUAGACAAUGGAAACGUAACUAAAACCUAUUGAUAGACACUGAUGAUAUUGAAUGCGCGUGUCCAGCUCUAAUUCUGUAUUUUACAGAGAAUUAGACGACACAUGUAUCCCCUUUGAAACUUGGGAGGCACACAAAUGCAUGAUAUGUGGUCACUAUGUUAUUACUUGCACGCGCUGCAAGAAAGAGCAGACGAGGAUACUGACUGAUUUGGUUGUACGGGUUACGCAACUGGAACAAGAACAUAAGAAACUGAAGAGACUCGACUCCCUAUGGUAGCAUUUAUAAUUUAACCCAUAACCACUCUCCUAACAUAGAAAAUAGACACAAAAUGAUGAGCUCUGAUUAUUUAGCCCAAAAUAUGAAAAUAAUUCUAACCUCAGAGACAGCUGAAGAACUUGAAUGACUUUCCAUUAACACUAGAGAAGCUUCAAGAAGCAUUGAAGCACUGCAAAGCAAACAGAGUGACUGGCCCAGAUGGCCUCCCAUUCAAAUACCUUAAAAACUUUGUGGACUUCUUGUUAACAAAAUCACUACGAGGACUAAACUCCCUAUUGAAAGUAAGCAAUUUCCCAACAGCGACUACUAUAACAAUGAUACCUAAGGAUGGGAAAGAUCCCACCUAUUGCCCUAGCUACAGACCUAUAUCCCGACUUACUGUGGAUUUAAAACUAUUCACGAAGGCGGUGGCCCUAAAAAUAGGACAAGUAUUACCUGAUCUGGUUCACCUGGAUCAAGUAGGGUUCAUUUUCAGUAGAGAGACAAAGGACAAUGCAGUAUGUGCCCUGAAUAUAAUGCAAAUGGCCCAACAUACAGGAUGAGAGCUUCUUCUCCUCUCUAUCAAUGUAGAAAAAGCUUUUAACUGGGUGGACUGGAGUUAUAUGGCACUAACCCAUGAAAACAAAGGAUUUGGAUGUUUUAUAUGCAGUUGAAUAGCAGCUCUCUACCCAACUACCAGUGCUUGCAUAAGAAUAAACUCAGCUUACAGUUUCGAAAUGGCAUGAGACAGGAAUGACCUGUAUCCCACUUCCUGUUUGCCCUCACUGUUUCUAGAGGCAGUCAGGCAGUACAGUGGUGUAACAAAGACUGCUGCCAAAUUAAAUUGCACUGUUUAGGAAAUAAGAACAGCUUUCCAAUUUGGAGCUAACUAUGGAUACAUCUGAGAUACUGGGAGUCACCCUAUUGCAGUGGCUAACAUCUUCGGUCCCAGUUCCCAUUCACAUGGUGUAAAAGUUGUCUUCGAUAUCCAAGAAAUUUCCUGUCAGUAGACCUGAGACAAUUGUACCAAGAUAAUUUUGUCCCUCUGCUCCAAUCACUCUCCACAGAUUUGACUCGAUACACAUUAUCAUGUAUAGUAUGGUUUUUCAGGAUUAACACUAUUACCAUGACUUUGCUGCUGUCACUUCCUGGUCCUCGCACCGCCGCCCGGACAGUGUCUGGGUCCCGGGCACCGGACCGACACCCUGACAGAUGGCCGUAGGCACUUGGAGUUCGUGUAGUGGACUUUGCAGCUUUCCUGUUCUGUCUGUAUCAUGUCAUGCCUGGUUCUUCUGCAAGCAAGAGAUCCUGUAUCUGCACCAGUCUGCUGGAGAUGGCUUCCUUAUUUUUGUCGUGGAGGAGGUCGAUCUGCUAAGUGGUACGGUGGUCGCUUCAGGUGUUCUCUUGUGAUGCUUGGUUCCUGGUUUCUUGUUCUGGUUCCUGUUGGUUAUUGGGCAUGCAAGAGUUCCUGUAUCUGGACCAGUCUGCUGGAGAUGGCUUCCUUAUUUUUGUCGUGGAGGAGGUCGAUCUGCUAAGCUGUACGGUGGUCGCUUCAGGUGUUCUCUUGUGAUGCUUGUUUCCCGUUUUGUGGCAGUGCUCCUGUUCUGGCGUGAUCUCCAUUCAUUGCUGGUGGUUCCUAUGCAGGAGGCCUCUCCGGCGGGGGAUCCUUGCCUCUGUGGAAGUCAAGAGGACUUUGUUGCAGGAUCUACUCGCCAUUCUGCCUGGGAGGAGUUCACUCCUUAAGAGGGAAGUUAUGUCCCAUCCUGGUCCUCGCACCGCCACCAGGACAGUGUCUGGGUCCCGGGCACCGGACCCAGGGCCGUCUUUAAUAAUGAAUGGACCCUGGGCAAGUGUUUGCUUGGGCCCCCUGUGCCCUGCCGCUCUCGCCCCUCACUCCCUGGUAUGCAAUCACGGCAUCCAUCGCAACGCAGUGGCGGUACUAAAGUAGAAUGAAUUUUAUUGGGACCCCCAAUUGCAAGGUUGGACUAAAGGUAGAACCCCAUCUGUCGUGCAACUCCAACAAUGCUUUGACAGCUGGGAUUCUACCAAUUUCCCAUGCUUGCAGGGUUGUAUUUAGCACGGAGCCAUGUUAGUAUGUUUGAAUGUAAGCAUGUGUUUGUAUGGAGUAUGUUUGUGUGAAUGUGUUUGUAUGUGGUACUGGAGUUUGAAUGCAAGUGUGCAUUUAUGUGUAGUGUUUGUUUUGAAUGUAGGAGUGUGCUUGUAUGUAGUGUUGACGUUUCAAUGCAGGAGUGUGUUUUAUAUGUAGUGUUGAAGUUUGAAUGGAGGGGUGUAUUUGUAUUUAAAGUUGCGUCUCAGAUGCACAGGUACACACUCUGACGCACAAACAGAUACACAGAUACAUACACUGACUACAUACAGAUAAACAGGCACAUACACUGACAGACACACUGACACAGGUACAUAUAUUGACACACACACAGACACAUACACUGGUAGACGUACUGACAGACAUACUGACACAGGCACAUAUACAGACAUACUGACACACAGACACAUAUACCGACAUACUGACACACACACAGACACAUACACUGACAGAAAUACUGACACCCACACACUGACAGAUAUACUGACACCCACAUACACUGAGAAAUACUGACACACACACACAGGCACAUACACUGACACACACAGACAGAUAUACUGACACACACACAGACAUACUGGCACACAGACAGAUAUACUGACACAUGCAUACACAUGCACUAACAGACAUACUGACGCACUGACAGACAUACAUACUGACACACACAGAUAUAUACACACAUAUAUACUGACACACAGACAGACAUACUGACACACACACAGACAUACUGACACACACACAGACAUGCUGACACACACACAUACACUAACACACAUUUUUUUUUUAAAAUGUAAUCCCCCCAGCCUCCUUACCUUUUGGAGUGCUGGGGGGAUUCCCUGGGGUCCAGUGGUGCUGCUGGGCUCCUGGGCGGGUGGCCGGUCGGGCAGGAAGGCGGGCGCGCGAGGGAGCACUCACUGCUUCCUCUUCAGCUCCCUCGCGCGCCGCAUAGGGAUGCCGGCGCCGGAAGAUGACGUCAUCUUCCGGCUCCGGCAUCAGUGCGGUGCGCGAGGGAGCUGAAGAGGAAGCAGUGAGUGCUCCCUCGCGCGCCCGCCUUCCUGCCCGACCGCCGGGGUCAGCGGUGCCCACGGGGCAGGUGCCUCGGGCCCCCCAAGAGAAACUGGGCCCGGGGCAGCUGCCCCGUUUGCCCCGCGUUAAAGACGGCCCUGACCGGACCGCCACCGUGACAGCUGCCAAUUAUACCUAUUUCUGACAAUCCCAAGCCAUACUCAUAAACAAUACUAUAGGCAUGUAGGUUACAGUAGGUAGGGUGUGCAUAUAACUAACAUGAAUAGCAUUGUGAGCAAGAUGGCAGUAUACUGCCUGAUCUGGUUUCGUCCUCAUCAGGGCAUAGUAUAUGAGUCUAGGAUAGUUCAUGUUGGACUCACUCAUGGGCUCACUCAGAGGCGUAACUAGAAACCACGGGGCCCUGGUGCAAAAAAAUUGCCCUGGGUCCCCCCCAUACAUCUACCCCCAUCCCAUACAUCCCUACCCCCCCCACACAUGCAGACAGACAAAUAUACACGCAGGCACACACACAGACACACAUACAUGUAGACACACACAUACACACAGACACACAUAAUACAGACACACAUACACACAGACACAUAGAUACAUACAUACAGACACACACACAGAGACACAUACAUAGAAACACACACACAUAAACACAGAGACCCAUACAUACAGACACACACACAUACAUACAUACACACAGAUAUGUAGACACACACAUACAUACAGACAUAAACAUACAUACAGACAUACAAACACACACACAUACAUACAGACACACACAUACACACAGAGACACAUACAUACAGACACACACACAGACACACACACAUAUAUACUGAUACAGACAUUCUCUAUCACACACACACAAAAUUUAGUGACUUACCUGAGGUUCAGUGGUUGCCUCAUGCUGAUGGGAGUCAGAGCUCCCACCCUGACUCGCUCCUCUCCUGAAUGGCAUUCUGUUGGAUGGGAGGAAGUGAUGGCUUCCUCCCAGCUAUGACAUCAUCCUGGGGCACGGUCACGCUCUUAAAGCGCCGCAGCGCUUACUGGCCCCCAGGAAACCCAUUGCCAUCCAUGGGCUCCUUCAAUGCCUCCCCAGGGGUUUUUCCACGCAGUCGGGGCUGCACCAAAAUGCUGGCGGGCACCCUGGAAUGACGGGCCCAGUUGCAGCUGUGACCCCUGCGAUCAUGGUAGUUCUGCAGGUUGGCAGGUCAGACAUUCACCCUACUCCCCUGCAAGGGUCUCGCCACUGAAUUGAGCAUAGUCCACUUUGGUGAGCCAUGCGGCGGUGUGGAGGUAGGUUGCCCCUACAGCCCCGCUAUUGCUGGCCAUUAGCAUGGGGUCCAUCGAGAUCCAGGGUCCUCGCAUGUGGGAUAAUACGGUGGGCUGUGCGUGCUUUUUGCAGGUAGUGUCUUUCGUGCCUUGUGGCCCUCCAUAAGUGUGGCUGGUACCUUCGGGUCGAGACCCACUUUGCUCUCAGGUGGGCAAUAUGUGCAGGUGGUUGAAGCCCUUUUGUGCCCUUGAGGGGUUUCCCAAACCUCCUCUCACCUCUGCCUUGCUUUCUUUGCGGUAGCUCAUGAGUGGUCAUCGCUGGCUGCAUGCGUUCCAUCAGUUUGGCCCAGACUUGGUCGAAGAUAGCUUUGAUACAGUAGCAUAGAACUUUUAUACAAUAGGAAAACUAGACAUGUCAAUAGUUUGUUUUUAUCAAUUGACAAAAUGCAAAGUGGGGGAACAAGAAAAAAAGUCUAAAAUCAAUAUUUGAUAAGGAGUCCUGGCAGUGAUUGUAUGACCCCUCCCCCUCCCCCCACAAAUCCCUGAUCUCAACAUCAUAGUCUGUCUGGCUUCACAUAAAGAGACAGUAGCAACUGAGUGAGCCUAAAUCCUCAGAAAAAAGGUGGUUAGUUCUCCACAAUGUUUGGAACAACCUGCAGAGAUCCUUAUAAAGCUCUGUAUACCUCGAAGAAUUGAUUCUGUUUUGAAUGCAAAGGGUGUCGCACCAAAUAUUGAUUUUAUUUUGGUUAUUUUUCUGUUCACCCACUUUGCAUUUCUUAACUGAUAAAAAUAAACUAUUAACAUGUCUAUUUUUGAAGCAUUCUUCCUUUGCAGCAUUUGUUUUAACACCUGCCUAACACUUUUGUACAGUAGUGUAUCUGGUAACUUAAGAGUCAGACAGUGAGAAAGACGAGACAGUCUAUGUGCAAAUAGGGAGAGGCAUUCAAAUAUAAAGGAUCAAUGGAAUGGAAUGCCUGGGCAUGGGGUUGCUAAAGCAUUACGUCCUUUUACAAAGCUAUUAAAAAUUGUCCCUCUCGUCUAAGUGAUUCUCUGUCAAAACAGAAAUAUCCAGGACAAGCACGGACCAAGUUACCAAGUUUUACUUUAUUUCCAUUAAUACCUAUGAUCCUCAAGGAAUAGGUCUCAAUAUCCACGCAAUAAAGAUGAUACAAUUAUUCAGAGACCCUGAUUAAAAUCUGUGUCUACAGUCUGUUUGAAUUGUGUUUUAAGAUUUGAAAUUCCCAUAGUUACUGUCUCUGUUUUAAUAAAUUUGCAGUGUGUUUAGUCGAGCUCAUAGUCUGCUUAUGUGAUACGGACAAUUUAGCAAGUUAUGUCAUUUCGUGCUCAUGUAUAUAACUAGCAACAGCUUUCUCAUUUUCCAUCUGUCUACAGCAAAACCAGAUACAGCAACAACAAACCCCAAAACAUCAGAACGAGAAUUCAGAAGGCGCUACAGUGAAUUCUGCCCAGCAAAUCUCUCCACAGACCCCUCCAAACACACCAGACCCUCGAAGCCCUCCCAACCCUGAAAGCAUUGCACCGGGUAAGCAAUGAGCCAUUCUCAUGCAGUCCUAUAUGUAGUCAAUAAAAUAUGAUGCAAUAUGAACACUGCAAAUCCUAAAGAAAAUACAGACAAAAAAAAUGCCAGAACAAGCACUCCAAAUCCAAACAUAGUUUAAUAGAUUUUGGUGCAUAAAUAGAAAAACACCUCACCUUACGUGUUUCAGACCUACUAUGUUUAAGGACCUGUAGAUCCAAAGCGCCUUACAUGUUUUUCUUCAUCUUUCCCCUGUUUGUCUAUUUUUGCAAUAAACUAUUUUUGUAUUUGGAAUGGUUGUUCUUGCAUUUUUUUUUAUUUGGCUAUAUUAUUAGUUCACUCCAUCCCAUCAUCACAAUGGAUUAAAGGGUAGUAGUCAUUCAUUGCCCCCUGGUCAAUCUUGGGUCUUUAAAAAAAAAAAAUCCCCCACCUGACAUGUAUAGGAACUGUCUAGCUUGACUUAAAACUUGGGAUUCACCAUACUCAGAUAUGUUUACUUUUCUGCAAUUUUUAAUAUACUUAUUUAUAUUCAUGAAUAAUUUUAUUUUGUAACAUGCUACUCUCUGCAUGCCCACAUUAGGUAACUUAACUUUUGGUGCUCACGUAAUGCCUUAUGUCUACUUUUCCUCCAUAAAUGAUGGGUUUUUACGUCUUGAAAAUGAAAUGCUGUCAAAGUAUUAUUUUCUGACAAUUCAACUCAGAUAUAUCAUGUAGUAAAUGUCAUUAUCGUCUAACUUAUCUGUAACAGUAAAAUUGCUUAUUUAAAAAAAAUCUAUCUCACCACAGGUUAUACAGGCCCUCUCAAGGAAAUCCCACCUGAGAAGUUCAAUGAAACUGCUGUCCCUAAAUACUACAUGUCUCCAUGGCAAGAAGCAAUUGUGGAUGAUCCAGAUCUUCUGGAGAGCUUGUACCCUAAAAUGCCCAAUCCUGGCGAAAUGGCAGAAACUCCUGAUUUCAGAAGCUUCAAUAGGUAAUUGCAUUAAAAGCAUUUCAUUAUCCUUAUUACACCCACUCUACUACCGUCAAAACUAGCAAUUUUAGCAUCCUACUUAUUUUCAAUUAAUAUCCACUUUAGCAGCAUUUAUAUGUCACUGGACAAUACUUGGAAAAUGAGGAACAUUCAACUUGAAGUAAGAAUCAGAGGAGUAAACAUGCACUGAAGACAGCUAUUUUAGGAGCAAAAUGUAUCAACAACUUGAAGGCCAGUUGUAGUACGGAAAUGCCCAGGGGUAACUUGUCAAAUUGUUUUUAAACUCUGUGACAGUGCCAGAGCACUCCUUGCACCAUAACAAGUACUUGACCUUUUAAGGGUUAAUCAAUAAAUGUUUUGCUAAGUACCACAACCCUUUUCUUUUGCAUACAAGGACCUGCUCUGCGCAGUGGUUUAGCAUGAAUUACUGCCAGUCCUAGGAUACUUACCCUUUCUUUUCAGGGUAUAGCUCUACCUUUGGCUGCUUCCAAUCAUCUGGUCAGAAAUGUUGGCUAAGCUCUCUUCUUCCCAUGCGUAGACCAUUGCUCACUUGAUAGGUGCACAUAGCCUGGUCCAUUCAACAGUGAACUAAGCUACAGUUUACAAAGCAGUUCCGUCUAUGAUAAGUGAAACUGUUGCUAGGGUGAUAAACUACUCAUCCCAUAAACUACCACUGAACAGGCAUUUAUGUCACAAAAGUCUCUUCCGGAUGUGAUCGGGAACACCAAGCAAACUUUAAAGGUAUGCAUCUUUUUUUCUAAUGCAUUAAAAAUGGUUUUAAUCCAUAGUUUCCUUUUAAAUGUUAAUGAAUGACAUCGACAGAAUGAAAUCAUAAGGCCAUCAAUACAAUAAUGCUAUAAGAUGAUAUGCUAUCUUUUCUACUUUUGUUACAUAUGAAAAUAACUUGUUUCUUUUUUUUUACAUCCAUAAAUUAUAUUCCAAUCAUGUUACCAUAUUUGACUGUUUGGUAUUUUAUAGCAUGACUCAGAUUGUAUCACUUACAGUUCCUUGUGUUUGCUAGUUACAGAGGUGUAAAACAGUGCUUGCAUGCCUGCCAACAAACUAGGUCAGCUGUGCGAUAAUGAUCCAGACCUAGGCUUCUAAUUAACCUGAAAUAGAUCAUUACGGCAUAGCAGUGGUCUGUCUUAUUUAAUCUUUCAUAAAUGGCACAAUCAUUACGUAUAUUUUAUAAAAUAAUAAGACCCUGCAUUAUAACAUUGAAGCAAUUAGGUAAAAUACAUAUGAAGAGAUAUACGUUGCAUGUAAGGUAGAAGUGGUGACACUAACACACUGACAUUCAAGAAAUGUCUGGAAAAAAAUUGCAGAAAACAAUUGAUAAACUUUAAACAUUCACUUAUACUAGACUCGCCAUACUGGAGUGAGCAAAGAAAUGACUAUCACCAUAUUUAUGUUUUUCACACUGUUCUGUAGUCAGAGACGCACAAUAUUUUUUGGUGACCAAAACCACCAUGUUAUACUUUCAUACUUAAUAUUAUAGGGUAGGCUUUCCCAAGGGUUUUCAGGAUAGUGGUGAUUUGUUUCCAAUUACAUUCAUAUUUCCAUGCAUUUGUAAUCUGUAUCCUGGUUAUAAAUUCAAUCUGGUAAAUAAAAUAAAAUUGUGUCACAUAAACUCCAAGUGUGCUAUUCUUCCACUGCACUUCUGUAUACCAUAUUAGCAUUGGUAAAGGCCUCACGUUUCCCCAAGAUUGGUCAAUGAAGAGUAGUGAUUAUUUUGAAAUAGAUUUUAAACUGUUGCAAAACAUGAAUGAUAUAUAUCACACCCAAUGUAUUCCUCCAAAGUGUCCUAUUAGGAUAUAGGCAUAGGCACAAUCAUACAUUAUCUUACUCGAGAUUAUUUAACAAAAGGCUCUUGUGUGCUUACUAGUGUCAAAUACUGUUUUCUUGAGAUAGCUUGUAUUACCUAAUGCCAACCUUAUUGAUUAAUAUUUAAAUGAACACUUCAGCGUUAUCAAGUAUACCAGGUCCACUUUUCCAUCAGUACAAGAUAAAAUAAAGAGUGGCAAAAAGGGUCUCAGGAUGCACCUUGCUCCAUUUUUCUCACCUGGCUUGGUGCAUGUAUCAUUAUUCACCGCACAAUGCUUUCCAUAAAGCAAUCAGAAAGCACACCCUCCUACCUGUCUGAUUGACAGCCAACAGAGUUCAAUUUAGGAGACUUAUAAAAGUAUGAUUUCUCUUCAAGACAGUAACUAAUUUUGUUUUGGAGUGUUCCUUUAAAUCAAAACAUAUUUUCAGGUACACAUUUGACAUCAAACAUUAUGGAUCAAAAUGUUUUCUAUUCAGAGCAAACCUUUUAUUCUGAGCAUACUUUGCAUACUUUAAUUGCUUAUUUUAUUUUGAAAUUACAGAGCCGCCACCCCAUUUGGGGGAUUUGAAAAUGCAUCCAAGCUGACCAGGUUUAAGGUUCCAGAAUAUGAUCUAUUUGCAAUGAGUGAUCCAACUUUUGACAUGCCCAACCCUCUCAGUACAAGAAGGUCUUUUAACAGAACGGCCCAAGGAUGGACAUCUGAUCAAGUUCCUAUUAUACUGUAUUCUGACCUAUUCAAUCCUGACGUCCCAGAGACUGAUGAUCUGUGAAUCACAUACAUGUAUUUAGAGUAAAUAUGCCAUGGAGAGUAAAUGUACCUUCCCCUGUAUAUUAAUGUCAUGCCUACACUUGUCACAGCCCUUCAUCUGUGUGGGUCUGGGAUAUGAGUAGGUAAGAGUUAGCUCAACCAUUCUUCUGCACUUCAAAUAUAUCAUGCCCCUUUCUGAGCUAGCUACCACUUAUCCAAUCUGACUUUAGGGAAUUUUCCAAAAAACCCAGUAUGAUUAAAAUGUUUUGGGGUUUUUUUGUCAAAAAAUUAACUCUGCUGGAAAUUGUCACUGAAAACCUUUACAUAGAUAAAUAUUUAGAUAAGCAUUUUCGUAUUCUGUUUAACAUACUUUGCUAAGUAAAGAAACAGAAUUUUGGCAAAUGGUUGGCAAUAUUAUGUUUACCAUAUUCAGUUAUGGUGACCCAAAAGUAACAGAAAAACUGUCACAUUCGUGAUUCCCAUUAAGGAUGCAAUGAUCUGUCCAUUAAUGAACAAUCUGACACCAUAGCCCCUAACCUAUGCUAUGUUUCAAUAGCUGCCUUGAACUGCAUACAUAAGGUAAGGGAGUCUAUUUAUUAAGUGAACACAGAGAUUAAAGCAUACACUGAAUUUCUCACUUGCGUGUAUCUGCCCAGAAUCCCUGGCUGCAGUGUAAGCAUGGUAUGGUAUGUGAUUCCAUGGAAACGCUGUCUUUUGAUAUGUAGCUAUGCUCAACAACACUCUAGUGAUUUGAAUAUUCUACCUAGGCACACAAAAGCUUAUACAUUGUUAAACUAAUAACACAACAGUUGAAACACAGAUUUCUAUCUCCACUAAUGUAACUGUACUUUAGAACACAGAUGAUCCUUAAGGGAGGUGUAAAUUAUACACAAUUUAUGUACCAAUAAUAAUCCAAAUAGUUUGUUAUAAAUGCUUUCACAACACUUACCUUUCAUAUCCUGGUGUCAAAGUGUGUCAGGAACCUAAACGUACAGAGCUGAGUAUCAACAAAGGGACUAAACAUACAGACCUGAGUAUCAACAAAUAGACUAAAUAUACAGAACUGAGUAUCAACAAAUAAAUAUUCAGUUCUCAGAGUGGCCAGACUAACGGUGCACAGCGUCAGCAAGAAUAGCCAACAUCAAGGACAGGAUACAGAGAUCAGAAGAAACGUAUUACAAGUCCGUAUUAGGUACUAGAAAAAUUAUACACAAGGGAUGAGCUCUCGGGCUACUAGAAUCACAACAGGGCAACAUGGAGUGGGAGAGCUCUUGGGCUACUAGAAUCACAACAGGGCAACAUGGAGUAGGCAGUACUUAAUUCCUAUUUAUUCAGACCCGAAUUCAGUCCAGCGAAUUUGCUGUUUGGAUCCAAAUUUAGUCGCCCAUAAGAACACGUUGUGUGUGAGCGUAAGCAUCAAAUAGAAUGCGGAGGGGAGAAAGGGGGGGUGGAAGGUAAGAGGCUAGCGAUCCUGACAUCGUGGGUCUGGCCUUCCUAGGACUCUGAUGCCUUGUUAUAGAACAUAUUAAACUGUAAAACUGUGAAUCUACUCUCAGCACUGUCAAUUCUUUCAUGUUUAUGGCUGAUAUGAUCGCCAUUAAUUGUCUAGAGUAGUGUUUUCCAAACCAGACCUCAAGGUCCCUCUACCAGUCCGGAUUUAGGGGUUACCCAGUUUUGUCUAAGGUGUUUUUAGAGAAAAAAAAAAUCACCUUGACACAAUUGGGCAAUCCCCAAAUCCUGGACUGGUAGAGGGAUCUUGAGGACUGGUUUGGAAAACACUGGUUUAGAGUAAUUGGCAAGGUAACACUGCAGGGAUAUUUGUUAAGGGCUAGCAAUGUGUGUCAUGUGGACAAUUGUAUCCCCUAUGUGUAUAAUUUAUCAAUAUGUGCUUAUGUCUACAAAUUUACCACUAUGUACAGUUACAAUAUACAACAUUAUUGUAAAGAUGAUUUUAGCAUUGUAAUGAUACAUUCUCUGUAAUUCAAACUGGCAUCAGGCAAUACAUUAGACUGCUUAGCAUAUUGUAUGUAGCUACAAUGAGAUGUCCAGUGUAUAAAAUGUGUGAUUAAUGUUUGUGUGACUCCAAUAGAAAUAAAACAACUCUGAUCUCUUUCUAAGAAUAUGUAAUGUUAUGUAACAAUGGGUUUUAAACCCUUAAUGCAACAAGUCAACACACCUUAAGUGUCAUUCAACUACAUCAAAAAGCAAUCCUAGAUACAACAAAAGGGACCUAAAUCCUUCCCUACAGGCAAAUGAUUAUGUUUGUUGUGAC